AUGAUGAGUGAUCUGAGCAGCUCAGGCCUGGGGGGCCUGGGGCAUGGGAAGUGGGUGACAGACAGGAUUACAGUGAAGACAGGAGCAAACUCUCUCACAUGGCUGCUCUCUCUCCUCCAGUCUUUCUCCUCCGUCUCUUAUUCACUUUCAUUUGGGCUAUGGACUGUAAGUUAGGAGAGCUCCCUCUCCUGUACUGGUCACUGGGCUAUGGACUGUACGUCAGGAGAGCUCCCUCUCCUGUACUGGUCACUGGGCUAUGGACUGUACGUCAGGAGAGCUCCCUCUCCUGUACUGGUCACUGGGCUAUGGACUGUACGUCAGGAGAGCUCCCUCUCCUGUACUGGUCACUGGGCUAUGGACUGUACGUCAGGAGAGCUCCUUCUCCUAUACUGGUCACUGGGCUAUGGACUGUACGUCAGGAGAGGGAGUUCUCCUGUACUGGUCACUGGGCUAUGGACUGUACGUCAGGAGAGGGAGCUCUCCUGUACUGGUCACUGGGCUAUGGAAUGUACGUCAGGAGAGGGAGCUCUCCUGUACUGGUCACUGGGCUAUGGACUGUACGUCAGGAGAGGGAGCUCUCCUGAACUGGUCACUGGGCUAUGGACUGUAUGUCAGGAGAGGGAGCUCUCCUGUACUGGUCACUGGGCUAUGGACUGUACGUCAGGAGAGGGAGCUCUCCUGUACUGGUCACUGGGCUAUGGACUGUACGUCAGGAGAGGGAGCUCUCCUGUACUGGUCACUGGGCUAUGGACUGUAUGUCAGGAGAGCUCCCUCUCCUUUCCUGUCAAAAGACAAACACUCUACACUGAUAACAAACAAGUCUAAAGAGAUAAAGAACACUGUCCUGGCGGAUGUGUGUACACACACACAGACACGCACACAUACUUAUCCAAUGGCUCUGUUAUCCUCCAUUGAAAGUAUAUUAACAGUCCCUUUUCAUUAGUUUGUUGUGCAGUAGGCUUUCAGAAAAUAAAUUGGUUACAGCAUCAAUCAUUCAGUUGUUGUGGCAAGGACUGGAUGUUUUAUUUGAGUCCUCAAUUCAAUUUAGAUUGGUUCAUUUGGAUGCCGCAGAAAAGUAGUUUGGGUUCAGAAAGUGUUCACUGAGAGAGUCAUGCUCUGGGUUCCCUUUCCAUGUCCCAUGGGUACAACCCUCAGGACUCUACCUGUCAGAUCAAGACUACAGGCACUAUUCAAUCUAACUCAAUCUAACUCAAACACCAGGUUUCAUUAACAAAUAAAAAAUAAAGUAAAAAAAUGGUGUGUUGCAUGUUUGCAUGUUUACAUGUACAGUUGAAGUCGGAAGUUUACAUACAGUGAGGGAAAAAAGUAUUUGAUCCCCUGCUGAUUUUGUACGUUUGCCCACUGACAAAGACAUGAUCAGCCUAUAAUUGUAAUGGUAGGUUUAUUUGAACAGUGAGAGAUAGAAUAACAACAAAAAAAUCCAGAAAAACGCAUGUCAAAAAUGUUAUAAAUUGAUUUGCAUUUUAAUGAGGGAAAUAAGUAUGACUUAGUACUUGGUGGCAAAACCCUUGUUGGCAAUCACAGAGGUCAGACGUUUCUUGUAGUUGGCCACCAGGUUUGCACACAUCUCAGGAGGGAUUUUGUCCCAUUAAGGUUUCAAGGCUGACGUUUGGCAACUCAAACCUUCAGCUCCCUCCACAGAUUUUCUAUGGGAUUAAGGUCUGUAGACUGGCUGGCUAGGCCACUCCAGGACCUUAAUGUGCUUCUUCUUGAGCCACUCCUUUGUUGCCUUGGCCGUGUGUUUUGGGUCAUUGUCAUGCUGGAAUACCCAUCCACGACCCAUUUUCAAUGCCCUGGCUGAGGGAAGGAGGUUCUCACCCAAGAUUUGACAGUACAUGGCCCCGUCCAUCGUCCCUUUGAUGCGGUGAAGUUGUCCUGUCCCCUUAGCAGAAAAACACCCCCAAAGCGUAAUGUUUCCACCUCCAUGUUUGACGGUGGGGAUGGUGUUCUUGGGGUCAUAGGCAGCAUUCCUCCUCCUCCAAACACGGCGAGUUGAGUUGAUGCCAAAGAGCUCGAUUUUGGUCUCAUCUGACCACAACACUUUCACCCAGUUCUCCUCUGAAUCAUUCAAAUGUUCAUUGGCAAACUUCAGACGGGCCUGUAUAUGUGCUUUCUUGAGCAGGGGGACCUUGAGGGCGCUGCAGGAUUUCAGUCCUUCAUGACGUAGUGUGUUACCAAUUGUUUUCUUGGUGACUAUGGUCCCAGCUGCCUUGAGAUCAUUGACAAGAUCCUCCCGUGUAGUUCUGGGCUGAUUCCUCACCGUUCUCAUGAUCAUUGCAACUCCACGAGGUGAGAUCUUGCAUGGAGCCCCAGGCCGAGGGAGAUUGACAGGUCUUUUGUGUUUCUUCCAUUUGCGAAUAAUCGCACCAACUGUUGUCACAUUCUCACCAAGCUGCUUGGCGAUGGUCUUGUAACAGACAGAGCUGGUGUAACUGAAUCAGGUUUGUAGGCCUCCUUGCUCGGACACGCUUUUUCAGUUCUGCCCACAAAUUGUCUAUAGAAUUGAGGUCAGGGCUUUGUGAUGGCCACUCCAAUACCUUGACUUUGUUGUCCUUAAGCCAUUUUGCCACAACUUUGGAAGUAUGCUUGGCGUCAUUGUCCAUUUGGAAGACCCAUUUGCACCCAAGCUUUAACUUCCUGACUGAUGUCUUGAGAUGUUGCUUCAAUAUAUCCACAUAAUUUUCCUUCCUCAUGAUGCCAUCUAUUUUGUGAAGUGCACCAGUCCCUCCUGCAGCAAAGCACCCCCACAGCAUGACGCUGCAACCCCCGUGCUUCACGGUUGGGAUGGUGUUCUUCGGCUUGCAUCAGACCAGAGGACAUUUCUCCAAAAAGUACGAUCUUUGUCCCCAUGUGCAGUUGCAAACCGUAGUCUGGCUUUUUUAUGGCGGUUUUGGAGCAGUGGCUUCUUCCUUGCUGAGCGGCCUUUCAGGUUAUGUCGAUAUAGGACUAGUUUUACUGUGGAUAUAGAUACUUUUGUACCUGUUUCCUCCAGCAUCUUCACAAGGUCCUUUGCUGUUGUUCUGGGAUUGAUUUGCACUUUUCGCACCAAAGUACGUUAAUCUCUAGGAGACAGAACGCGUCUCCUUCCUGAGCGGUAUGAUGGCUGCAUGGUCCCAUGGUGUUUAUACUUGCGUACUAUUGUUUGUACAGAUGAACGUGGUACCUUCAGGCAUUUGGAAAUUGCUUCCAAGGAUGAACCAGACUUGUGGAGGUCUACAAAGUUUUUUCUGAGGUCUUGGCUGAUUUCUUUUGAUUUUCCCAUGAUGUCAAGCAAAGAGGCACUGAGUUUGAAGGUAGGCCUUGAAAUACAUCCACAGGUACACCUCCAAUUGACUCAAAUUAUGUCAAUUAGCCUAUCAGAAGCUUCUAAAGCCAUGACAUCAUUUUCUGGAAUUUUUCAAGCUGUUUAAAGGCACAGUGAACUUAGUGUAUGUAAACUUCUGACCCACUGGAAUUUUGAUUCAGUGAAUUAUAAGUGAAAUAAUCUGUCUGUAAACAAUUGUUGGAAAAAUUACUUGUGUCAUGAACAGUGGUUGAAAAACGAGUUUUAAUGACUCCAACCUAAGUGUAUGUAAACUUCCGACUUCAACUGUAUGUACUCAAUAAAAUAAUGUUUACAUUGUGAGACAAAUCUGAAUUAUAAGUGCAUAUAGAGUCUUCCUCAUGCGAACCCAUAAUACCAACCCUCAGUGAGUGUAGUAUAUUCCUUACUGAGGAGAACGUAGCCUACCAUGUAUUAAGACAGAUGACGGCCGGUCUCAGACUAUUCAAAAGAACCACAGAGAUGUUGAUUAGUGGACUGGAUCCAAAAACUUCAGUUUAGGGUUGGACCCAAAUGUGGGGAUUUAAUCUUAUGGUCUAGUAAUCCAAAGUCAAUGAAGCAAUCAUUUGGCAGUGGUUUGGGUCAUGCCUCACUCUCAUCCUGUGAUUUGGCCAGUCACAUUGGCUACUAGGGACCUGUUUCUGAAGGAUUGUAGGAUACAAUUCCACUCUACCCAAUGAUGGAUUGGAUUUACAGUAUGUAGCUAGCACCUUUCCAAGUGCUUAAAGUGCUUUACAUUAGGGGAAACACCUCAUCCACUACCAACAGAUGAACAGUUCAACCUCUUGGCACCCCCUCAUCAUCACUUGGCUCUCUCACACUGGAGCUGUUCUCACACUGGAGCUGUUCUCAUACUGGAGCUGUUCUCAUACUGGAUCUGUUCUCACACUGGAGCUGUUCUCACACUGGAUCUGUUCUCACACUGGAUCUAUUCUCACACUGGAGCUGUUCUCACACUGGAGCUGUUCUCACACUGGAGCUGUUCUCACACUGGAUCUGUUCUCACACUGGAGCUGUUCUCACACUGGAGCUGUUCUCACAAUGGAGCUGUUCUCAUACUGGAUCUGUUCUCACACUGGAGCUGUUCUCACACUGGAUCUGUUCUCACACUGGAUCUAUUCUCACACUGGAGCUGUUCUCACACUGGAGCUGUUCUCACACUGGAGCUGUUCUCACACUGGAUCUGUUCUCACACUGGAGCUGUUCUCACACUGGAGCUGUUCUCACACUGGAGCUGUUCUCACACUGGAUCUGUUCUCACACUGGAUCUAUUCUCACACUGGAGCUGUUCUCACACUGGAGCUGUUCUCACAAUGGAGCUGUUCUCACACUGGAUCUGUUCUCACACUGGAUCUGUUCUCACAAUGGAUCUGUUCUCACACUGGAUCUAUUCUCACACUGGAGCUGUUCUCACACUGGAGCUGUUCUCACACUGGAUCUGUUCUCACACUGGAGCUGUUCUCACACUGGAUCUGUUCUCACACUGGAUCUGUUCUCACACUAAAUUUCAGCGGUACUAUUAACUGAUGUUCCAUAAAUCUCAGCGGUACUAUUAACUGAUGUUUCAUAGAUUUCACCGGUACUGUUAACUGAUGUGCCACAAAUCUCAGCGGUACAAUUAACUAAUGUUCCAUAAAUCUCAGCGGUACUAUUAACUGAUGUUUCAUUGAUUUCAGCGGUACUAUUAACUGAUGUUCCAUAAAUCUCAGCGAUACUAUUAACUGAUGUUCCAUAAAUCUCAGUGGUACUAUUAACUGAUGUUCCAUAAAUCUCAGCGGUACUAUUAACUGAUGUUCCAUAAAUCUCAGUGGUACUAUUAACUGAUGUUCCAUAAAUCUCAGCAGUACUAUUAACUGAUGUUCCAUCUGUCGGCUGUCUAAUGAGAGAUGCUGCUCCCCUCCUCCCUCUCCUGAUUACACCUUCUGUCUCUUUUGUCACCUGUAAUAUCUUCUCUUUAGGCCCCUUCCCUUCCAUGUCUGUUCUGUUACAAAGCAGGUGGUUGUAGGAGGGAGGCAACCUCACACAAACACACACACACACACACAGUGACUUAAGGCCACAAAGGCAGCAGCAGGGUGGAUUUGGCCUACGUGGUUGCCACAGCGUCAGAGCUCUGCUAAGUGCCUUCAUUCAGACGUGAUUAUUAAAGAGGUAGUCGGCAGGUCUGCUUUGUCAGCUGUUGACAGAGCACAAAAGGGGCCAUUUCAGACCAAAAUAAACAUAGGAGAGAGGGGUGAUGGAGGGGACACACAUUCAAGCAGUUACAGAUUUUUGAAAUUGCUCUGGUACUAUUUUCACAAGUAUGUGGUACAAUUUCACAACUCUUAGUACAAAACUCAAAACAGAUAACAAAAAGUUUGUUUUUUCACAACUUUAAGCAAGUUUUCAAUUUACUAAGUACAACACACAAAAUCACACAGUAACUUUUUCACCAAACCUAAUCAGUGUUUUAUCUAGAAAUACCUUUCAUAUAAAGUAAUUGCCUUUCACAAUGCAAUGCUCACAAUACUUUUCAUAUGAUUCUCUUCUCAUUUGUUUAAAUACAUUUGACCAUCACUUAAUCCAACUGCGCUUAAUGGUUAAUCACUAAACCGUUUGGUAAACCUAUAGAUUUGAAACUGGUUUGUCUACUAUACUGUAUAUGGAUUAUGAGAACUACAGAAAUAAAAUGUGUGUUUGUAAAGUAUAAACAUCUAAAUGUAAUGUAUGAUACAUGAUAACAAUACAUAAUGACUACUCGUUAUUGCUAAUUGAUUUCACAUAGUGGUAACCACAAUUUGUCACCAUAUAAAAGGGUGUGUGUGAACGCUUGCAAUUUCUUUCAACAUGGAGCAGGAUAGACAGCAAGGAAGAGGAAGAAAUCAAAGAGCUCGUGGGCAAGGGGCCCUUCAGAGAGGUGGGCAUGGGCCCCAUCAAAGAGGUCAAAGAGGUGGGCAUGGGCUUCUCCAUGUCCGCAGCUAUCUCUGAAGAUGGUGUGGAUGGAUGUAGGCCAUUACUUGGAUCCUACAACACUGCACACCUUAUUGUGUUUCUCAAUUAAAUUGAGCAGGCCUAUCAAGGUGAAGGGGUCACCAAUGUCAUUGUGUGGGACAAUGUCAGGUUCCACCAUGCAGAGGUGGUUCAGGCAUGGUUUCGGUCCCAUCCCCGAUUUGUGACCCUAUACCUGCCCUCAUACUCUCCUUUCCUCAACCCUAUUGAGGAUUUUUUUUCAGCAUGGAGGUGGAAGGUGUACGAUCGCCAUCCCCAUGAGCGUUCCACCCUCCUUUUGUCCAUGGAUGAGGCAUGUGACGACAUCAAUGCAGACCGAUGCCAAGCUUGGAUUCGUCAUGCCAAAAGGUUUUUCCUGCGGUGCAUGAACAAUGAGGACAUUCACUGGGAUGUGGAUGAGAAUUUAUGGCUCAAGAUAGGCAUGAUGCAAAUUAAUGCGUGCGAAAAUAUGUUUUAUUUUCAUUAAUUUAAUUUGUUACAUUUGAUUACAGACAGUACACCUAUGUUGCAAUUAUAUCUGAAAAAGAAAAUGUUUUUUUUGCAUGGAUAAUUGUAGAGGAUGUCUUUGAUUACACAUUGGAUAGAUAUUAUGGAAAUUAUAGAUUUUCUGUCAAUUUUGUUGGGUAAUGUAAGUGCAUUGCCUAAUGUGAAAACUGUAAUCUACUGUAAUUUACAGUAGUGUAGCAUAUUACUUUCAGCACUUUUAAGGGCAAUUUGAAACACGUAUCUUGCAUUGUUUGCUAUUCGAUUAACUGGUAGUUAAAACAACUAAAUUUAAAAUAUAUCAUUAUGUCGUGUUUUGGUGAUUAAACCAAUGUUCUCAUUACAUUUCACAAUAAACGUAUAUAUUAAAUCAAUGGUUGUGUGAUGAGAGAUGUUUACAAUUGAAAUGAAUGCACAAUGACAGAGCUCUUAUGAGUGUGAAGCAGCUAGUGCUGACUCAGUCUCUGACCCCACAAGGUCUUCACUUGGAGAUGCAUCAGCUGCCCACUUCAAAGACUACUGGAGACUACUGUGUGUGUCUGUUGUAUACCUAUGUACUGGAUGUGUGGUGGCUGAGGUUUAUUUCUAAGCACUGCUUAGGUUUCUCACCUCUUCCACACUUAUGUAAUCUCGCCCACCAGCCAGCUCUCUCUUGGGGAGGAGGAUAACACUUAUGUUGCUGUUCGUGUAUUCUCUCAUUUUCUCCACCUCUUUUGUCAUUCCUCUUAUAAAGCAGCUUCCUUUAUCCCUUCAUCCAUUCAUUAGACAGUUGUAUGAAUACAUGAUUUCCCUACAUUGUUGUCAUCCUAUCAUCCUCACAGGUGAAGUUGUUUUAUCUCUUUAUUACUCUGCAUUAGCUAAUCCCUGUGUGAAAAUGUCUGCUGUCUGGCUGCCUGCCUUUUAUUGCUCUGUGAAUGUCAGUAGCUUUACGUCCUGUACUGUACUGAAUCAACAUUGAGGCAGAGAAGCAGAGGCAGAGGCUGCCUGGCUGGCUUUAUGUCUCUUUAAAACCUGCUGUUGAAUUAUAGAGCAUAGGGUUUGAAUGAUGUGGAAAUCUCUACCAGAUAAAGAGAUAUGCUCUCUGACCAGUAUUACAGUGUAAGUGUAAAACUCAUGCUGUUACCCUGGUAACAUUUGGAUUACGCAACGGACGGGAGAUGACAUUUUCCUGAUGUUGACUGUGCUCUUAGAUGAUUUCACUGAGUUGUGAGUUGGUGGUAGAGAAAUGCGUUGCUAUGCCGAUAGUGUUGAGAAGUCACAGAAUCAGGGUUUAGUGUCAUUUCUGUCCGGUGUCUUGUGCAAGCCAUCCUGCUUUGUUGAGUAUAUUGUUACCGCAGCACUAAUCCAGACCUCACGUACUGUCACCCGCCAAUCAUCUGUCUGGUUGGCUCUGCACCAUCAUCAUCGAUCAUCGGAUAAAUUACAUGAAUGUUGUUUUCACAGACCUUUUAUCUGUCUAACUGGAUUAACAACCUGUUCUCUCGCUCUCUCUCUCUCUCUCUCUCUCUCUCUCUCGCUCUCUCUCUCUCUCUCUCUCUCUCUCUCUCUCUCUCUCUCUCUCUCGCUCUCUCUUCCCCUGUACAGUUUAAACCUGUUGGCUCAACCAUUACUUACUGCACAAUGAACCAAUCAGACUUCUUCCUUUUAAAGAGUGUUUGUUGUUUUUAUUUAUUCAGUGUUUCCCCUAUGUUGUAUAUUGUGGCCGCCAUUGCAAAUAUACACUACCGUUCAAACGUUUGGGGUCACUUAGAAAUGUCAUUUUUUUCGAAAGAAAAGCAAUUUUUUUAGCCAUUAAAAUAACAUCAAAUUGACCAGAAAUAGAGUGUAGACAUUGUUAAUGUUGUAAAUGGCUAUUGUAGCUGGAAACAGCUGAUUUGUAAUGGAAUAUCUACAUAGGCAUACAGAGGCCCAUUAUCAGCAACCAUCAGUCCUGUGUUCCAAUGGCACGUUGUGUUUGCUAAUUCAAGUUUAUCAUUUUAAAAAGCUAAUUGAUCAUUAGAAAACCCUUUUGCAAUUAUGUUAGCACAGCUGAAAACUGUUGUGCUGAUUAAAGAAGCAAUAAAACUGGCCUUCUUGAGACUAGUUGAGUAUCUGGAGCAUCAGCAAUUGUGGGUUCGAUUACAGGCACAAAAUGGCCAGAAACAAAUAACUUUCUUCUGAAACUCGCCAGUCUAUUCUUGUUCUGAGACAUUAAGGCUAUUCCAUGCGAGAAAUUGCCAAGAAACUGAAGAUCUCGUACAAUGCUGUGUACUACUCCCUUCACAGAACAGCGCAAACUGUCUCUAACCAGAAUAGAAAGAGGAGUGGGAGGCCCCGGUGCACAACUGAGCAAGAAGACAAAUACAUUAGAGUGUCUAGUUUGAGAAACAGGCGCCUCACAGGUUCUCAACUGGCAGCUUCAUUAAAUAGUAACCGCAAAACACCAGUCUCAACGUCAAGAGUGAAGAGGCGACUCUGGGAUGCUGACCUUCUAGGCAGAGUUGCAAAGAAAAAGCCAUAUCUCAGACUGGCCAAUAAAAAGAAAAUAUUAAGAUGGGCAGUCUGAGAUUUGGCUUUCCAGCUACAAUAGCCAUUUACAACAUUAACAAUGUCUACACUGUAUUUCUGAUCAAUUUUAUGUUAUUUUAAUGGACAAAAAAAUUGCUUUUCUUUCGAAAACCAGGAAAUGUGUGACCCCAAAACUUUGAACGGUAGUAUAUAUUUUUUUAUUAUAAUGUAGAUGUAUAGGUGUAUGCCCCAGGAAGACCCCAUCCGCUGCUCCCCACCCCCACUUUCGCUAAUUCUGCCACCGCUGCUGAAAAACAAUCCUAGGGGAAACACUGUUAUUAUUCACAUUGUGAUGUCUAAUGGCCCUCUUUCUUUCUUUCUUUCUUUCUUUCUUUCUUUCUUUCUUUCUUUCUUUCUUUCUUUCUUUCUUUCUUUCUUUCUUUCUUUCUUUCUUUCUUUCUUUCUCACCCUCUCUUUCCCUCCCUCCCCACAGGAAACAGUAGAAUAUGCCUUCCUGAUCAUCUUUACUAUAGAGACCUUUCUGAAGAUCAUAGCGUAUGGUUUAGUCAUGCACCAGAACUCCUACGUGAGGAACGGCUGGAAUAUGCUGGAUUUUGUCAUUGUCAUAGUAGGGUAAGUACCACGUUCCUCCUAGACAGAGUCAUACACACAUGCAUGUACUCACACACACACACACACACGCAUGCAUGCAUGCAUGUACACACACGACUAUGUCAGAUCCUGCUGAUGCCCAAGGCACAUAAUUAAAGCACAGUCUGGAGCACUGAAUGUGCCCUCAAGAACAAAAUCUACUGUAAGGAUGGCAAAAAGGUCACAGAUAGGUUAACAGAAACACAAGUAUGUUGUAAGACGUUAUGUAAUGAAAAACGCUGUAGAACACACAAACACAGCAACAUAUUCAGAGGGACAACACACAUGCAACAAUUCACCCUCCCUGUGUAUCAGUCUCUAUUUGAUCAAGAAGGAUUAUCGGCUUAAGACUCUUCACCACAUCCAGUAACAACAAGAGGCUCUGGCACACACACGCGCACACACACGCACACACACACACACACACACACACACACACACACACACACACACACGCACACACACGCACAGUAGUACCUCUGUGAAUUACCCGAUAGAGAUCCUGUCGUCUGUCACAUGGUUUUAGGAUUUGGGUUAGGGUCAGGAGGAAGUCACACACCCGCUUCUGAUAAAAAAAGGAAAGGGGAUGAAAACACUUACCCAUAAUGCUGUGUCCAUGUCACAUCUGGAAGAGCUGAGCCUUCCUUGAAGGGCAUUCUUCUCACUCUUUCCUCUCGUUUUGGUGGCUAUCUGUAAUGGUAGUUGAUGUCAUUUUAAUUAUAUUCUGAUACACUCAACAUUGACAGAAAUAUAUUAUUAUAUUGAGGGGUUUGUUGACACACAGACAGACACUCAUACAGUGCAGUGUGUUAAUCAAGGGAAACACACACACACAUACACACACAUACACACACACACACACUUGUAUUUAGAGAGAGACCUUUUGUGGUGGUCAGGGUGACGUUUAUCUCCUGCCCCUGUGGGGCUCCAGUGUAAACUGAGGACGAGGUGUGAAACACUGAAUGUAAACACAGAGAGAUAAAGGCGGAUUAAACAACACAUUUCACUGCACCUGUUCGAUGUAUGUGAUAAUAAAACAUUUUAUUAUUUAUUUAUUUAUUUAUUGGAUUACUAUCACUGUGACAGACAUAUACACACACACACACACACACACACACACACACACACACACCAGAAAAGACCAUUAAAGACCAUAAAUCAAAGCUCUGUCACCUUAUACUCAGAAAGCCUUAUGACUCAGGGAUGUAUGUUACAAUGAUGUCAUUGAUCUCUCUCUUUAUCUCUAUCUCUCUAUCUCUCUAUCUAUCUUUCUCUCGAUCUCUCUCUCUUUAUUUCUCUGUCUCUCUCGCUCCCUUUCUCUUUCUCUCUCUUCCCCCUCCCCCUCUCUCCUCCCCCCAGGUUAUUCAGUGUAGUUCUGGAGGUGAUAACCAAAGAGGGCGAUGCGGGGGGUCAGGGGGGUAAACCAGGAGGCUUUGACGUCAAGGCCCUCCGAGCGUUCCGUGUGCUCCGCCCCCUCCGUCUUGUCUCAGGAGUACCCAGUGAGUCGACAUGGCGCCAGAACAUGUCUUCACUAUAGAGAUAUGUUACCAUGUUUAUACCAUAUGAAGAGUUUAUUUCCAAAACGCUAUAUCCACCCAUUUUUCACAUUUGUGUUUUUUCAUCAGAAAAUAUUGCUUAUGGGUACCUUCAUGUGUGUGUAAAAUAUUACUGUUCUCAGAUAUGUAAUUCAUAGAUUUUAGAUGUGUAUGAAAAUAUGUUUUUUGGCAAAAUGCUAUAUAUCCAUUGUUUAGCUAAAUUUGAAUAUUUGACUGUGAUAUGUGGUUGCCUCACCUAGCUAUCUUAAGAUGAAUACACUUACUGUAAAUUGCUCUGCAUAAGAGCAUCUGCUAAAUUACUAAAAUGUCAAAUGUAAAUGUUUUACAUACAGAUCUCAUAUUACUGUAUUGAAUUAUAAUUUGUUAAAUAAAAUACAUACACUACCAGUCAAAAGUUUGGACACACCUACUCAUUCAAGGGUUUUUCUUUAUUUUUUACUAUUUUUUACAUUGUAGAAUAAUAGUGAAGACAUCAAAACUAUGAAAUAACACAUAUGGAAUCAUGUAGUAACCAAAGAAGUGUUAAACAAAUCAAAAUAUAUUUUCUAUUUGAGAUUCUUCAAAUAGCCAACCUUGAUGACAGCUUUGCACACUCUUGGCAUUCUCUCAACCAGCAGUCACCUGGAAUGCAUUUCAAUUAACAGGUGUGCCUUGUUAAAAGUUAAUUUGUGGAAUUUCUUUCCUUCUUAAUGCGUUUGAGCCAAUCAGUUGUGUUGUGACAAGGUAGGGGGGUAUACAGAAGAUAGCCCUAUUUGGUAAAAGACCAAGUCCAUAUUAUGGCAAGAACAGCUCAAAUAAGCAAAGAGAAAUGACAGUCCAUCAUUCCUUUAAGACAUGAAGGUCAGUCAAUACGGAACAUUUCAAGAACUUUGAAAGUUUCUUCAAGUGCAGUUGCAAAAACCAUCAAGCGCUAUGAUGAAACUGGCUCUCAUGAGGACCACCACAGGAAUGGAAGACCCAGAGUUACCUCUGCUGCAGAGGAUAUGUUCAUUAGAGAUACCAGCCUCAGAAAUUGCAGCCCAAAUAAAUUAAGUCACAGACACAUCUCAACAUCAACUGUUCAGAGGGGACUGUGUGAAUCAGGCCUUCAUGGUCAAAUUGCUGCAAAGAAAGCACUACUAAAGGACACCAAUACCAGCGGAAAUUUGUCCUUUGGUUCCAACCGCCGUGUCUUUGUGAGAUGCGGUGUGGGUGAACGAAUGAUCUCCGCAUGUGAAGUUCCCACCGUUAAGCAUGGAGGAGGAGCUGUUAUGGUGUGGGGGUGCUUUGCUGGUGACACUGUCUGUGAUUUAUUUAGAACUCAAGGCACACUUAACCAGCAUGGCUACCACAGCAUUCUGCAGCGAUGCGCCAUCCCAUCUGGUUUGCACUUAGUGGGACUAUCAUUUGUUUUUCAACAGGACAAUGACCCAAAACACACCUCCAGGCUGUGUAAGGGCUAUUUGACCAAGAAGGAGAGUGAUGGAGUGCUGCAUCAGAUGACCUGGCCUCCACAAUCCCCCGACCUCAACCCAAUUGAGAUGGUUUGGGAUGAGUCGGACGGCAGAGUGAAGGAAAAGCAGCCAACAAGUGCUCAGCAUAUGUGGGAACUCCUUCAAGACUGUUGGGAAAGCAUUCCAGGUGAAGCUGGUUGAGAGAAUGACAAGAGUGUGCAAAGCUGUCAUCAAGGGUGGCUAUUUGAAGAAUCUCAAACAUAAAAUAUAUUUUGAUUUGCUUAACACUUUUUUGGUUACUACAUGAUUCCAUAUGUGUUAUUUCAUGGUUUUGAUGUCUUCACUAUUAUUCUACAUGUAAAAAAUUGUAAAAAUAUAGAAAAAUCCUUGAAUGAGUAGGUGUGUCCAAACUUUUGACUGGUACUGUAUAUAUUGAUGUCACAAAUGUAUUAUUUGUACAUUGCUUUAUUAAAAUGUAGUUAUUUGUUACAUUUGACUGUGUAAAACCUAGCAGUACUACUAUUUCACUGAGAGUGAGGUGGAUAUAUAGCAUUUAGGAAAAAACAUGAUUAUUUGUCUCUAUGACAAUAACCCCAUGCCAUAAUUAGAUAGUGAAAAAACACACCAAUCUCUUUCAUAAUUUCGGUAAACAAUAAAAGCUAAUUUACCUACAUUUCUGAAAAUGAAUAUAUAGUAUUUUGGAAUGAAAAUCUUCAUAUGUCUUUAGUUCAAUAUGACGUUUUCAUUGAUACCCGUGUACAGUCUGAAAUCCUUAGGCAUAAACAUCAAUAAAUAGUUUAGAAUUAGGUUAUCUAUGUCCUCAUAGCAUUAUACUGUGUGCCUGUGUGCGUGUUUGUGUGUCUGUCUGUAUCUGAUCCCUCUCUCUCUGUCUCUGUCAGGUUUACAGGUAGUGUUGAACUCCAUCAUUAAAGCCAUGGUUCCUCUGCUCCACAUCGCUCUGCUCGUCCUCUUCGUCAUCAUCAUCUAUGCCAUCAUCGGCCUGGAACUCUUCAUCGGCAAGAUGCACACUACCUGCUACCUGGUGGGCACCGGUAAGAACCUGCGUCCGUAAUCUCUCCAUCUCAGUCCUCCUCAGUCUGUCAAAUGUUAGUCUUUCCAGCUUUUGAUGCAUGUCAGCUAUACAAAAGUUAUGCUGCAUUUAGACGAGGGACGCAAAAAACGUCAUACCAGUCAGAAUAGCGGGACAAGAAAGCAAGAAAGACAGUGACAGAAAAAGCAAGCCUGCACGAUGGUAUGCGAUGCUAUGGGGAUUUCAAUAAACAAUCAAUGCAAAUCAACAUCCGGUAGAAAACAAUGCUAUGGCAGACGGCAAAAGUUAAAAUAUUUUAACUCUGGCGACAAGUCCCAUCUACCGUGGCGGCUGUAGGCAUUCACCGCUAGCCUCAGCGGCAUUUACCGUCGUUCUCUCAUUGAAAACAAUGACAUCCGGUUUGCCGUCUACCUCAUGCCAUCUAAACGCAGUAUUACUGAUAACCCAUUGUUUUCUGUCUCUGUGGUACAUCAACGUAUGAGACCCCCAUACUGUAGAAAAACACUAGGCUUAGUCCUUUUUUGACUGAUAUGAAUUAUCUGUCUGUACAAACCCUAAGACUUCAGUCAGUCACUGGUUGGAAUCAACUUUGAUUCAAUAUUUAAUCGGCUGACAAUCAUUACCCUUAUUUUAGUACUCAGUCCCUGAAUAUGAAUGAAUAUACAAUGAAUAUCACUUACAGUCAAUCAUAGGGAUAUGUAUGAAACAUGUACUGUAUAUGAAAGCUAGAUGACAUUGUUUCAUUACUCAGCUACAAUAAGCUAGUCUUAUAAUGGGGAGCUUAUGGACGGUAUGACGUGUGUAUGUAUGGCCCUCUCUCUUUGUUUACUUGUUUGUUUACAUCCCUGUGGUAGUUGAGAAGCAGCCAUGCAGGGCAGUUCAGGGCAGAGUAGAACCAGAUCUCUGCUAGCUAUAAUCCGGGGCUCUAUGCUGAUGUUUGCCCUUGAGAAAGGCACUUACCUGGGGCUCAGACCACUUCUCAUCAUCAUGCUAUAGGAAGAGAUUAUGGAUGAAGGGAGAUGUAAGCCAUGUCAGUUGAGCUGAUUAAGUGGAACUGCAGGGGGUGAAUUUAUGAAUGGAAUGUAUGUGAGAUAAUGAAUGUAAUUUACAUGCAACAUAGCAGGGAGUUAGGGACAGUGGUGAAUGGCGAAUGGCGCAGUGGUCUAAGGCACUGCAUCGCAGUGCUAGCUGUUCCACUAGAGAUCCUGGUUCGAAUCCAGGCUCUGUCGUAGCCGGCCGCGACCGGGAGACCCAUGGGGCGGCGCACAAUUGGCCCAGCGUCGUCCAGGGUAGGGGAGGGAAUGGCCAGCAGGGAUGUAGCUCAGUUGGUAGAGCAUGGUGUUUGCAACGCCAGGUUUGUGGGUUCGAUUCCCACGGGGGGCCAGUAUGAAAAUAAAUAAAUAAUGUAUGCACUAACUGUAAUUCGCUCUGGAUAAGAGCGUCUGCUAAAUGACUUAAAUGUGUGUGAUUGUGUGUGUGUGAGAGAGCCUCUGAUGAGCUUGUGUGCUAUAAGAAUUAUGUGUAAACACUAUACUAUACACUAUACAUGUGGUCCUCUGUAGCUCAAUUGGUAGAGCAUGGCGCUUGUAACGCCAGGGUAGUGGGUUCGAUCCCGGGGACCACCCAUACGUAAAAAUUUAUGCGCACAUGACUGUAAGUCGCUUUGGAUAAAAGCGUCUGCUAAAUGGCAUAUUAUUAUUAUUAUUAUUAUUAUUAUUAUUAUUAUACAUAUAGAAUGUGUAUCUGUAAGCAAAACUGCACAACAUGGUGUGAUUUAUAAGGGCCACACUUUUCUGUGCGUCCGAGUGUCUUUUCACAUCACUGGAUGUAUUUGAUAUUCUCGUUGCACUCUGAUGUCAUCAUUGUUUACUAAGCUGUUGUAAGGCAUUCCAUGCUGUGCAUCAUUGUUGUGCAUAUUUAGUAACUUCUAACUACUCUCCUUCCCUCUUUCUCCCAUAUCUCUCCUUUCCCUCCCCCUCUCUCUCUAUAUGCCUUAUAGGCAUUCUGGCAGAGGAGGAGCCUGUUCCGUGUGCAAUGUCAGGCCAUGGGCGCCAGUGCAUGAUUAAUGGGACUGUAUGUAGAGAGGGAUGGCAUGGCCCCAACGGUGGCAUCACCAACUUUGACAACUUCCUGUUUGCCAUGCUCACUGUUUUCCAGUGUAUCACCAUGGAGGGCUGGACUGAUGUUCUCUACUGGGUGAGGCUGCUGCUUUAUGAACGACACCCAGCUAGCAACUAGUUAGCCAUCUCUACUCACAUUAACACAGAGGUUUCAACAGGGUUAGCUUAGCUUCAUUGCUAUUACUGGAUGAGCUCCACUCAAAUCCAACCUAUAGAACUUCUAUAAAAUGUCAGACUAGAGGUCUUCACGGGUCCAAAAAGUUGGACCCUUUCCAAAAUGAACCUGGGGCUUUCCCAUCCAGACCCGAUAUGCAUAAAUACAUUUUUAUAAAUAUAGAAACCCGUUCCGAACGGACCCGAGGACAACUAGACCUGUAUAGACCUAGUUGGAUCCAGACACGGUCAAAUCCGAGUGAGGGAAGCAGCAGAAAAGUCCAAUUUUUAAGCUACUUUAUUAACCGGAGUUGAUAAAGUGCGAGGGAGAGGAGGUAGAGAGAGGUGACGCUCUAGCAGGGGCCGUGGUGUGUGUAGGCUACUGUGAGUGUGAGUGAGUGACACGGGGAACAGGGAGGAGGGAGGGAGAGAUGAGAGACAGCAACCAACCAAGCCGGCUUGUGCUAUAGUACACUAAUAGCUGCCAUAUCUAGGUUAUUUAUCAUUCAAUAUGAUUACGUAGUAUCUGUCUUGACUGUAUCAAACCGGGAGAAGCUAGUUAAGCUAGCUAGCUAGCUAAGUAGCUAGGCUAAUUGAGGCUGCAUGCGCUCAUCCUACACACUUAAACCAACAACAACUCCAUUCAGAAUAUAAAGUAGCAGCCUACCUGUUCUUGGUCGUUGUAGCAGGGAGCAGUCGGAAGAGAGAGAGGGAGGCGGAGGGAGAGAGAGAGGGGAGAGAGAGAGAGAGAGGAGAGAUAGAUCAGAGAGAGCGAAGAGAGCGAAGAGCGGAAGAGAGAGCGAGCUCGCUUCUGAGAUCGAUAGUCUAGAUCUAUACUGCUAUUCUCUACUCUGUCCUACUCUCUAUCUCUUCUCUCUCCUCAUUCUCUCAUCUCUCUCUCUCUCUCUCUCUCUCUCUCUCUCUCUUCUCUCUACUGCAGCAGUCACGUUUGGAUCUGUAUGGGUCCAUCCGAACAAGUCAAUUAAAAUGACACAUGCUCGAGACCUGUUACAAUCAUAUCAGAUCCAAUAGUAUUUAGAAUUCUGGAUCCGCUCUGGUCCUGGAACGGGUCUCGGGUAUUCGGGUACAGGUGGAUCGGUGAAGACCUCUCUGUCAGACAUACACAAACAUACUCCACCCCCUUUUCUGCGGUGUGGGUGCAGGAUUUUGCUCCAGCCAACUGUAACACAACCUGAUUCAUAGUCUUCAUCAACAAAUGAGCUGUGUUACUGUUUUGGCUGAAACAAAAGCCUGCACCCACACUAGUCUUAAAGAGAGAGCGUCACUGAAAAGAGGAAAUAACAUCAGGGAUAAAUUGUACUUACCGGUAGAAUAGUUUCAGGGAUUUUAUGUCAGACUGUAAUCUGUACUUCUAAUACGGCGCUAAAUGAUCAAAAUAAAUAGGUCAGGUUGAUAUAGUUUUACCAGGAACUUCUGGAUUGUCCUCUAAAGCUAACUGUGACUGUGACUGUUGUUGUUGUUUCAGAUGAAUGAUGCCAUGGGUUCUGAGCUGCCCUGGGUCUACUUCGUCAGUCUGGUCAUCUUCGGCUCCUUCUUUGUUCUCAACCUGGUUCUGGGAGUGUUAAGCGGGUAAGACAUUAGACUCAUCAAUGUACUAUAUACAUAUGCACGUACAAACGCAUGAGAGUGCACACACAGAAAUACACACAUAGAGGGAACAGGUUUCUGAGUUUUUGUCUUUGUGUGUGUGUGUGUGUGUGUGUGUGUGUGUGUGUGUGUGUGUGUGUCUGUGUGUGUCCAUCCACAGAGAGUUUUCCAAGGAGAGAGAGAAGGCCAAGGCUCGUGGAGACUUCCAGAAGCUGAGAGAGAAGCAGCAGCUGGAGGAGGAUCUGAAGGGCUACCUGGACUGGAUCACUCAGGCUGAGGACAUCGACCCUGAGAAUGACGAGGAGGGGGAUGAGGAGGGGGGCAAACGCAACCGUGAGUCCUCCUACCUCACCACCCCCUUCACAUCACAUUCCCCUCUGUUCUACUUAGAUUUUGAUUUUAUUAGGAUCCCCAUUAGCCGACUCCAAUGGCGACAGCUAGUCUUACUGGGGUCUGACACAUAACGAAAAAGACAUUGCAAACAAAAUACUUUACAAUUUACAUACAUUUAAAACAUUAACAUGUAGUGUGUGUGUGUGCGUCUAUCACUUACACAUACAUGUCAGUACAUACACACAAAAAGUAGGUCAAAUGAGGGAGAGGCGUUGUGCCGUGAGGUGUUGCUUUAUUAGUUUUUUUAAACCAGGUUUUCUGUUCACUUGCGCUAUAUGAGAUGGAAGGGAGUUCCAUGCAAUCAUGGCUCUGUAUAAUACUGUAUGUUUCCUUGAAUUUGUUCUGGACCUGGGGACUGUGAAAAGACCCCUGGUGGCAUGUCUGGUGGGAUAAGUGUAUGUGUCAGUGCUGUGUGUAAGUUGACUAUGCAAACAAUUUGGAAUUUCCAACACAUUAAUGUUUCUUGUAAAAACAACAAGUGAUGCAGUAAGUCUUUUCUCAACUCUUAGCCAAGAGAGACUGGCAUGCAUAGUAUUGAUAUUAGCCUCUGAUUACAAUGAAGAACAAAAUGUGCCUCUCUGUUCUGGGCCAGCUGCAGCUUAACUAGGUCCUUCUUUGCAGCACUUGACCAUAUGACUGGACAAUAAUCAAGAUAAGAUAAAACUAGAGCCUGCAGGACUUGCUUUGUGGAGUGUGGUGUCAAAAAAGCAGAGCAUCUCUUUAUCACGGACAGACCUCUCCCCAUCUUAACAACCAUUGAAUCUAUAUGUUUUGACCAUGACAGUUUACAAUCUAAGGUCAAACCAAGUAAUUUAGUCUCUUCAACUUGCUCAACAGCCACACCAUUCAUUACCAGAUUCAGCUGAGCUCUAAAACUUAGGGAAUUAUUUAGUUUUAGAGAUGUUCAGGGACCAGUUUAUUACUGGCCACUAGGGCUUACCCCAUUUAGUCAACUGGUCGAUUGUUUGGUUGAUAGGCUGUUGGUCGACCGAGAUUUCUUUAGUCGUGAAGUCGUUUUUUUUGUUUUUGUUCAUGGUGCACAAGAUACCUGUCUGAUUCACACCUGUCUCAGUGGACUAAUCCAUUGCGGAGGCCACAGGAAUGGCACAGUCCAUCACUCUAAGACGUGAUACUGAAAUUGUAUAUGGCUAUAUUAUGUAAGAAUAAUGGUGCAACACUAAUACAUCUUAGAUUAUUUUUAUAACGUUUUAGGGAAGACCCAGAUGCAGACAGUGUCGAAGUAACAAAAGUUUAUUACUAGAACAGGGGGCAGGCAAAACGACAGGUCAAGGGCAGGCAGAGGUCAGUAAUCCAGAUCAGAGUCCAAAAGGUACAGAACGGCAAGCAGGCUCAGGGUCAGGGCAGGCAGAAUGGUCAAAUCCAGGAAAACUAGAAAACAGGAACUUUAGAAAAGACAGGAGCAAGGGGAAAAACGCAGGUAGGCUUGAUGAACAAAAUGAACUGGCAACAGCCAAACAGAGAACUGCCGCCUUUCCCUAUGUUGCUAUGUGCAUAAUAGCAAAGUUAACCAGCAUAUUGGGAUUGGCGAACAAUGCGGCGGAGGCAGCAGUAGCAGAGACCAGGAAACUGCCCUUGCCUUAGCCUAAUUGUCUAAGAAAAUUGAGGAGAGAGGAAACCCCAACUUAAUUAGGUCUAUAAUCAAUAGCCUAACUGUUAAAUGUGCCUGGCUUUAUAAAUCAUCCAUAUAUACUGUACAGUUGAAGUCGGAAAUUUACAUACACUUAGGUUGGAGUCAUUAAAACUUGUUUUUCAACCACUUCACAAAUUUCUUGUUAACAAACCAUAGUUUUGGCAAGUCGGUUAGGACAUCUACUUUGUGCAUAACACAAGUAAUUUUUCCAACAAUUGUUUACAGACAGAUUAUUUCGCUUAUAAUUCACUGUAUCACAAUUCCAGUGGGUCAGAAGUUUACCUACACUAAGUUGACUGUGCCUUUAAACACCUUGGAAAAUUCCAGAAAAUGAUGUCAUGGCUUUAGAAGCUUCUGAUAGGCUAAUUGACAUAAUUUGAGUCAAUUGGAGGUGUACCUGUGGAUGUAUUUCAAGGCCUACCUUCGAACUCAGUGCCUCUUUGCUUGACAUCAUGGGAAAAUCAAAAGAAAUCAGCCAAGACCUCAGAAAAAAAAUUGUAGACCUCCACAAGUCUGGUUCAUCCUUGGGAGCAAUUUCCAAACGCCUGAAGGUACCACGUUCAUCUGUACAAACAAUAGUAUGCAAGUAUAAACACCAUGGGACCACGCAGCCAUCAUACCACUCAGGAAGGAGACGCGUUCUGUCUCCUAGAGAUGAACGUACUUUGGUGCGAAAAAUGCAAAUCAAUCCCAGAACAACAGCAAAGGACCUUGUGAAGAUGCUGGAGGAAACAGGUACAAAAGUAUCUAUAUCCACAGUAAAACGAGUUCUAUAUCGACAUAACCUGAAAGGCCGCUCAGCAAGGAAGAAGCCAAUGCUCCAAAACCGCCAUAUAAAAGCCAGACUACGGUUUGCAACUGCACAUGGGGACAAAGAUCGUACUUUUUGGAGAAAUGUCCUCUGGUCUGAUGAAACAAAAAUGGAACUGUUUGGCCAUAAUGACCAUCGUUAUGUUUGGAGGAAAAAGGGGAAGGCUUGCAAGCCGAAGAACACCAUCCCAACUGUGAAGCAGGGUGGUGGCAGCAUCAUGCUGUGGGGGUGCUUUGCUGCAGGAGGGACUGGUGCACUUCACAAAAUAGAUGGCAUCAUGAGGAAGGAAAAUUAUGUGGAUAUAUUGAAGCAACAUCUCAAGACAUCAGUCAGGAAGUUAAAGCUUGGUCGCAAAUGGGUCUUCCAAAUGGACAAUGACCCCAAGCAUACUUCCAAUGUUGUGCCAAAAUGGCUUAAGGACAACAAAGUCAAGUUAUUGGAGUGGCCAUCACAAAGCCCUGACCUCAAUCCUAUAGAACAUUUGUGGGCAGAGCUGAAAAAGCGUGUGCGAGCAAGGAGGCCUACAAACCUUACUCAGUUACACCACCUCUGUCAGGAGGAAUGGGCCAAAACUCACCCAACUUAUUGUGGGAAGCUUGUGGAAGGCUAGCCGAAACGUUUGACCCAAGUUAAACAAUUGAAAGGCAAUGCUACCAAAUAUAAUUGAGGGUAUGUAAACUUCUGACCCACUGGAAUAUUUAUACAUGGUCAGUAGCAGUGUAGCAAAUCUUCCGCAGAUCUGACUUCCCCUUUCCCCCCUGAACAACCAGUAAACAUUAGACCAUUUUUAGUUUCUUUUUCACAUCCUCUGCAUCCAUUUUGCUGACAUGUGUUAUUGUGUUCGGGGUUUGUUAUAACCAAUUUAUUGAUGUGAUUAUGAUAGGCUAUAGGUCAGGCCCUAUUGGUCACAUGCAUGCGAUGCUUACAUGUUUCACAUAAAAGAGAGCAAGGGUUGAGGGAAUAAACAAAUUAGGGAUUUCGGUAAAAUAACCUUUCAGUCAGAAACAAGUAAUAAACUAAAUUGAAAUUAUGUUGCAGCUUCAGCACGGACAGCGCAAUAAACACUUGCUGUGCUGUGGUGCCUUUUUGCUGCAGUAUGGAGGAGAGCGAGACAAGGUGCGCCAGUCAGGCACUCGCUGUCAUUUUUUUUCGGGACCAUCGGGCUCUUUCUUGAGCCAUUUGUGUGUCUUUAUUAUUUAAUCAAACAGUGCGCUUAAUACAUCAGGCAAACUCAGUGCAUAUGUAGUUGAUUUUAUUCAGUCUGUCUAUAUAUGUAAAAAUAAGUUGAAACAUUUUGACCAAUCGAUUGGUCGAAAGAACAGGACGACUCUCGGUUUACCAAGAUUUUUUGUUAGUCGGGGACAGCACUACUGGUCACCCAUUCAAAAACUGACUGCAACUCUUUGUUUAGGGUUGCAGUGACUUCACUAGCUGUGGUUGCUAAUGCGUAUAGGGUUGAAUCAUCAGCGUACAUGGCCACACAGGCUUGGUUUAAUGCCAGUGACAGGUCAUUGGUAAAAAUAAAAAAGAGUAGAGGGCCAAGAGAGCUGCCCUGCGGUACACCACACUUUACAUGUUUAUCAUCAGAGAAAUUCCAUUAAAGAAUAACCUAUGUGUUCUAUUAAAUAGAUUGCUCUGAAUCCUCAAUUUGUCGGAGGUUGAAAAGCUAUAACACAUACGUUUUUUCAACAACAGGUUAUGGUCAAUAAUAUCAAAGGCUGCACUGAAAUCUAACAGUACAGCUCCCACAACCUUUUUAUAUGUUCAACCAAUCGUCAGUCAAUUGUGUCAGUGCAGUACAUGUUGAGUGCUCUUCUCUAUAAGCAUGCUGAAAGUCAUGCUGAAAAUCUAUUCUACCCUUUUAGGAGCACCUGGCCAGCUGUGUGGUUCAGAGACAGGGACAGAGGUCUAGGUUUUAAACAGGGUUUAAAUAAAUCUGUUUUUGGAAUGCAAUAAUGGGUGUUUGUUCCCUGUUGGUUCUACCACCUGUUCCUGUGAUGUUAUGUCACUGGAUCAUAUUGCUAUUGAUCCCAGGACUUCCUGAGAAAUUGUUAUCAUUCUGGUUAAAUCAAAUGAAAGUGAAUGUCAUGUCUGCUGCUUCAGCCGUCACACACACACACACACACACACACACACACACACACACACACACACACACACACACACACACACACACACACACACACACACACACACACAGGAAUGAUGAUGAUAUGACUUAUGUGGAAGAAAGAGACAGUAAUCCAAAUCCUCUUUAUGUAAGCGUAUGCAGCAUGAUACAUGACGACAUAGCGCUUCCUGUUGGGAUGAGACACUUGCUGGGCAUAGAUGCUGUUGAUAGAUACACUAUAUAUACAGAAUUAUGUGGACAUCGCUUCAAAUGAGUGGAUUCGGCUAUUUCAGCCACACCUGUUGCUGACAGGUGUAUACAAUUUAGCACACAGCCAUGCAAUCUCCAUAGACAAACAAUGGCAGUAGAAUUGCCUUACUGAAGAGCUCAGUGACUUUCAACGUGGCACCGUCAUAGGAUGCCACCAUUCCAACAAGUCAGUUCGUCAAAUUUCUGCCCUGUAGAGCUGCCCCGGUCAACUGUAAGUGCUGCUAUUGUGGAAACAUCUAGGAGCAACAACGGCUCAGCCGCGAAGUGAUAGGCCACACAAGCUCACAGAAUGGGACCACCGAGUGCUGAAGCGCGUAGCUCGUAAAAAUCGUCUGUCCUCAGUUGCAACACUCAAUAUCGAGUUCCAAACUGCCUCUGGAAGCAACUUCAGCACAAUAACUGUUCGUCGGGAGCUUCAUGAAAUGGGUUUCCAUGGCCGAGCAUCCGCACACAAGCCUAAGAUCAUCAUGCACAAUGCCAAUGCUGGAGUGGUGUAAAGCUUGCCGCCAUUGGACUCUGGAGCAGAGGAAACGUGUUCUCUGGAGUGAUUAAUCACUCUUCACCAUCUGGCAGUCCGACGGAUGAAUCUGGGUUUGGCGGCUGCCUGGUGAACGCUUCCUGCCCCAAUGCAUAGUACCAACUGUAAGGUUUGGUGGAGAAGGAAUAAUGGUCUGGGGCUGUUUUUCAUGGUUCGGGAUAGGCCUCUUAGUUCCAGUGAAGGGAAAUCUUAACGCUAUAGCAUACAAUGACAUUCUAGACGAUUCGGUGCUUCCAACUUUGUGGCAACAGUUUGGGAAAGGCCCUUUCCUGUUUCAGCAUGACAAUGCCCCCGUGCACAAAGCGAGGUCCACACAAAAAUGGUUUGUCGAGAUCGGUGUGGAAGAACUUGACUGGCUUGUACAGAGCCCUGACCUCAACCCCAUCGAACACCUUUGGGAUGAAUUGGAACGCCGACUGCGAGCCAGGCCUAAUCGCUCAACAUCAAUGACCGACCUCAGUAAUGCUCUUGUGGCUGAAUGGAAGCAAGUCCCCGCAGCAAUGUUUUCCAACGUCUAGUGGAAAGCGUUCGCAGAAGAGUGGAGGCUGUUAUAGCAGCAAAGGGGGGACCAACUCCAUAUUAAUGCCCACGAUUUUGGAAUGAGAUGUUCGACGAGUAGGUGUCCACAUACUUCUGGUCAUGUAGUGUAUGUAGACUGACAGACUGACAGACAGACUGACUGACAGACUGUGUGUGUGUGCAUGCAUGUGCGUUUUAUUGUACAGAGAGAGAGAGAGCGAGAGAGAGAGAGAGAGAAAUAGAGAGAGAGAGAGAGAGAGAGAGAGAGAGAGAGAGAGAGAGAGAGAGAGAGAGAGAGAGAGAGAGAGAGAGGAGAGAGAGAGAGAGAGAGAUUGGCUGUAAUAUCCAUCUGAUCUGGGCCAUUUUUAGCAGACAUAAUAGGCACGUCAAUGAUGCUAUUGUUCUAUCUUUGUCUCCCCCCGUCAUUAACUAUAAUGCCUGGGAGAUCUAGAGAGUUAGACUAAUGCAUGCCUGUAGGUUUGAGUGCCUCAUCUACUGUAUCAGCAAUACUCUCACUCUCACUAUUGGGCUGUACAUGGUAACUAUGUACUGAUGUACUGUUUCUUUUUGAGUGUGUAUGGGACAUUAGUUGAGCUGGUUGCUAUUGUAAACAAAAAGCAGUAAAUACUACUACAGUGUCUUAUCAUGAUCAGGAUAAGCCAAACAAACUCAAUCCUCAAUAAUGUUAGGUUUAUAUUAGAACAUUUUAUUUCAGAUAGUGUAUUUAUACAUGGUCAGUAGCAGUGUAGCAAAUGCUUUGGCGUACACCCAGUGAAAGUAAUGAUGUGAUUGUGAAUGGGUUUUCUUGGCAAACAUGACUCUGUGGUAGAAUCCCUUGAGGCCUUGAGGUGUCUGUGUGAGUCUGUUUAAAAAGAGAUGAUUGUUUCUGGAAAAGCCUCUCCCACUGCUCUGCCUGGCGCUGCCGCAGCCCUAGCUCUAUCGAUAUAUCUACCUACUGUAACUAUCUAUCUGUGAGUUUUAGGUCUCCAUAGAAAGCUUUAUUAGUGCAUAUUUGUGUGGUGUGUAAGCUUUCACUGUGUUAGACUAUUAGCUCCCUCUAUGUCAGUUGUCUAUGUGUGUUGACUAGAUAGCAUAAUGUACUAACUCUCUUUCCUUAAUGUACAUGUUUUGUUCUGCGUAGAGUUCAACUCUGUGUGGCCCACUAGCUUCUACUAAUAGAUGUCCUUCUUCUCCUCUCAUCUGCUCUACAACUGCUUCUUCUUCUCUCCUUCUUUCAUGCCUUCUAGUUCUUGGCUCCUCCUCUCUUUCGUCUCUAAUGUUUUGUUCAGUGCUUCUCUAGUCUCUUCCUAACUGCUUGUAUAGUAGUAGAUGUCUAUUCUCUCUUGUUCUCUACUGAUUCACUGCUCCCUCUGCUGUCUAAAUGCAUGUACUGCAUGCCUUUAUAACACCAAGGCGUCACACUGGCUGACCUAACGGAGAAGAAGAAAGGGAAGUUUGGCUGGUUCAGCCAGUCCACAGAGACACAUGGUAAAUUGGGCUGUGUGUGUGUGUGUGUGUGUGUGUGUGUGUGUGUGUGUGUGUGUGUGUGUGUUUUUUUUCCCUCCCUCCUUUGCUUGCUUGUGCUUUGCUACUAGUUUGAUGUGUGCUUGUCCCAAUUGUUGUGUUCAAUCAUCUCUACUACUACUCUUCAUUUCACUCAAUCAGCCUCUUCAUUAGAUCUGUGUCCUCAUUUUGUCUUGAUUCUUUGGUAAAGUAGGACAAGUAGUGAGUGGGUGGAUUUGUGAAUCAAACAUCAGUAUUAUGAGACACAACCAGCAUGUUUAAGUCUUCUAGAGGUUACGAGAGGUCGGUGGGUAGAAGGAUUACUGUUAUACUAUUCCAGGUAUUCCUUAAAGAGGUAGGGUUUCAAGUGUCUCCGGAAGGUGGUCAGUGACUCCGCUGUCCUGGCGUCGUGGGGGAGCUUGUUCCACCAUUGGGGUGCCAGAGCAGCGAAUAGCUUUGACUGGGCUGAGUGGGAACUGUGCUUCCGUAGAGGUAGGGGGGCUAGCAGGCCAGAGGUGGAUGAACGUAGUGCUCUCGUUUGGGUGUAAGGUCUGAUCAGAGCCUGAAGGUAAGGAGGUGCCGUUCCCCUCACAGCUCCAUAGGCAAGCACCAUGGUUUUGUAGUAGAUGCGAUUGUUGGUCAUGUGAUUGUUGUACUGUAGCCUAGAAUUCUCCAGAACUGGACCAAAGGUGAAUAAGGGAUAUAUUGUCUGCAGAUGUGAACACAUUGAUAUGUUGACUAUGGAAAGGGUAUGCAUUGUAAACAAUCAAAAUAGGAAAGGGUAUGCAUUGUAAACAAUCAAAAUAGAUAGAUUGAACUGUAGACAUGCAUUGUGGGGUGAUUUUGAGUCAUUCAUUGCCAUUUCUUUAUUUGAUUCAUUUUUCCUUUAGAUAUUUUGUGGAGUAUUUUUGACCUUGUACUUACCUGGUCAUAAGGUUUGUACAGCAUCUGCACAGAUCCACUACUAGUAUAACUUUUCAAGCCCCAUCAGAAACCACAAUAUUGUUAUCCCAUUCGCAUACUAAACAGCAUGGAUGAUCUGUGCAGGUGCUGCAAUCAGCCCUCUGUAUUCUGACUGUCAAUGAUGGUCCUCAAAGAGCCCUAUACUGAAUGAUGAGGAUAUUCAAUCAUGCCAUCAUUACUAGAUUUAAAGUAUAUUACCCAAAACACUCAACCAUAAACAGGAUUGGGUUGGUUACUUUCUAAAUGUAAUCCGUUACAGUUACUAGUUACCUGUCCAAAAUUGUAAUCAGUAAUGUAACUUUUGGAUUGCCCAAACUCAGUAACGUAAUCUGAUAACUUUCAGUUACUUUUGGAUUACGUUCCCCUUAAAAGGCAUUAAAAAGAGACAAAAAGGAUCCAUCAAAUGGUCUCUGACUUGUGGUCAAAAAAAAAUUCAAUGCUGAAUUGAAUGUCAUUGAGAAAACAGAAAGGUGUCAUAAUUUUUUUUCUUUUUCGCAAACAUGCUUUCUGAAUUUAGAAGUAAUCCAAGAAGUAAUCAUCUUGUUUUUCAAAAGUAUCUGUAAUCUGAUUACAAUAUUUUAGCUGGUAAAGUAACCGAUUACAGUUACAGUUACUCCCCAAACCUGACCAUAAGGGUUCUUUAGGUCGGAAAGUCAGAGCCAUCGUUCGACUGGAUCUCACCUUACUUCCUGUGUUUGUGUGAUGUAACAGCAAGCAUGCCCGCCAGCGAGACAGAGUCUGUGAACACUGACAACCCCAACGGAGAGGACGAUAAGACUAACUGCUGUGGCCCACUCUGGUGAGUCUGUCUGUCUGUGUCUGUGUCUGUCUGUCUCUGUCUCUGUCUCUGUCUCUGUCUCUGUCUCUGUCUCUCUCUCUCUCUCUCUCUCUCUCUCUCUCUCUCUCUCUCUCUCUCUCUCUCUCUCUCUGUCUCUGUCUCUGUCUCUGUCUCUGUCUCUCUCUCUCUCUCUGUCUCUGUCUCUCUGUCUCUGUCUGUCUCUGUCUCUGUCUCUGUCUCUGUCUCUGUCUCUCUCUCUCUGUCUCUGUCUCUGUCUCUGUCUCUGUGUUUGUCUCUGUGUCUGUCUCUGUCUCUGUCUCUGUCUCUGUGUCUGUGUCUGUGUCUGUGUCUGUGUCUGUGUCUGUCAAGGUUCAAGGUUCCUUUCUACCUGAAUAGACAAGUGGCUUAAAAAGCUACUGUAAUACGUCAUUCAUGCAAAUGGACAUUAACAAUAUGAUUCUUCAUUUCCUCAGUCAAAAAAUUAUAAAAUCUAAGUACAGGUCAGUCCUCUGUCAGUACAAUGUCAUUCGAUUUUUUGCAUGGUCCUGAUGCACAUUGUGGAGAUUCAUCGUCACUCGCUUGUGUUUUUCCCCCACACACACUCUGUCCCUCCUGAUCAGUCACUGCACUCCUGCCCAUGUCCUCUUCAUCAUCACCAAAUCUUCAUCAUCCUCACAAUGUCUGCCUUUUGUUUAGUCUGUGACCCUGACAUUGUUUGAGAUCUUCUGUCUAACAAGCAUGAUUUCAUUACAGUUCACAAUUAACCUGUGCAUUAAAUCCUGUGUUAAUCAACCAGUAUGUAAGACCACUUCCGGGUUCGAGUCAGAUUGUGACAUAAUUUCCUCUCUCUUGAAGUCGGCGAUGGCGUCGCUGGAACCGGUUCUGCCGCAGGAAGUGUCGUGUUGCAGUGAAGUCGGUGUCUUUCUAUUGGCUGGUGAUCAUCCUGGUGUUUCUCAACACGCUCACCAUCUCCUCAGAGCACUACAACCAGCCUGACUGGCUCACUGAAGUACAGGGUGGGUAGAGGGUAGAGGAUCAACAUUUUCCAAUCACAUAGCUUCAGCAUAAUGUGUACUUUACAGUGUCCUCCUCAGGAACUCACAGCAUACAUACCAUGUUCUCCUUGAAUCUUACAAUCUACAAUGUCAUUGUACUACAGUAUUGUCCUUGAUAAUCAGACAAUACCUAUGACAUACCCAGAUACUGUAUCUGCAGCAUACAGUAACCCUUCCUACCAGAUCCCCAUAGCAGUGAUCUUUAUAACUGGAACAUGUUGUACUGUAAUGUCUACAUGCUGAUGUCCUCUGCUCUCCAGAUGUGGCCAACAAGGUUCUGCUGGCUCUGUUUACGUGUGAGAUGCUGGUGAAGAUGUAUAGUCUGGGCCUGCAGGCCUACUUCGUGUCUCUGUUCAACCGCUUCGACUGCUUCGUGGUGUGUGGCGGCAUCGUGGAGACCAUCCUGGUGGAGCUGGCCAUCAUGUCUCCCCUGGGCAUCUCUGUGUUCCGUUGUGUCCGCCUGCUACGCAUCUUCAAGGUCACACGGUGAGACUGGGAGACUUCAGGAGGGGCUGGACAUAGACUGAUGUGGUGGAGGUGUAAUAUUGGCAAAAUGUUUACCUCUGUGAUACGUUCACGUUGCAUCUCUUUCUUUGCUCACUGGUUUGAUGUAUCAUAUACUGUUGGAAGAAUGUAUAUCAGUCUCUCGGUAUGUGUGCUUGCAUGCUUGAAUAUGAGUUGUUUGUGCAUUCAUCUUGACCUUCUCUUUCUCUCUCUCUCUCUUUCCUGUAGCCACUGGGCAUCUCUCAGUAACCUGGUAGCGUCGCUGCUCAACUCCAUGAAGUCCAUCGCCUCCCUCCUGCUCCUGCUCUUCCUGUUCAUCAUCAUCUUCUCCCUGUUGGGCAUGCAGCUCUUCGGAGGCAAGUUCAACUUCGACGAGACGAUAACCAAGAGGAGCACCUUCGACAACUUCCCACAGGCACUACUCACAGUGUUUCAGGUAGGCCUACUCUACCUGUUCCUGGCUUCUCUCACAAUGAUUAUUGACAUAAUGACAUUGUGAUGACGUCGUAAUAGCGUUGUAAUAAUGUUGUGAUAUGACGUUGCGAUAACAUUGUGAUUACUUGUAAUAAUGUAAUAAUAACAUUGUAAUAAUGUCGUGAUGACAUUGUACUAACUUUGGGAUGACGUUGUGAUGACGUUGCGUUACCCUGUGUUGUGUGACUCAGAUCCUUACAGGCGAGGAUUGGAACGCUGUGAUGUAUGAUGGCAUCAUGGCGUACGGUGGACCCUUCUCGUCAGGCAUGGUCGUCUGCAUCUACUUCAUCAUCCUCUUCGUCUGUGGAAACUGUAUCCUGUUUCUAAAACAUGUAUAACACAUGGCUUCAAUUGCCUCUAGUCAUAUGGAAUUUAGAUCAGUAUUAUCCACUGGUUCAAGAGAGCUGCAAUAUGUGCAGGCUUUUGUUCCACCCCAGCACCACCCCAGCUUUUGAUGAGUAGUUUGCUUGUUUUGUUGAACCAAAUAUGUUAGUUCUGAGCUGGAACACAUUGCUAGCCCACAGGACUAGGAGUGAAGAACAGUGUAUUACACUCAAACGUUAGGUCAUUGUUGUAUCUCCGUUGCCCUUAAGUCCAGUUUGUAAACAGACAUCCUGCUGAACGUCUUCUUGGCCAUCGCCGUUGACAACCUGGCAGACGCAGAGAGCCUGAACACAGCCCAGAAGGAGGAAGAGGAGGAGAAGGAGAGGAAGAAGAGUGCCAGGUAAUGUCAGCGCUGUCUUACUGAAAAGAGAGGAUGGUCUGUCUUUUUCUGUUGUUCCUCCUGACCUGUCGUGGAUGUUGUCUUGUGUUUGGGGUCAUUAUCUUCAGAGAUGACACUGACAAGAUGGAGGAGCUGAAACCUGAGGGCCAGGAUGGAGAUCUCAAGGUAAUCCGAGUGGUUUUUAGAUUGGGGUUUUAGAAAGUCAGAGGAGAGCAAUCCAUAACCACACAGAGGCGCCAUUAGAUAAAAAAUGUGGAAUGGUGUCCCACUUAGAAUGAUACAGUGAGUUAAAACCAUAUGGCAUUCAUAACAGUACUGAUACACUGCUGGUAUGUAAUUUGUGUCUUCAUAAAUGUAGGUUCCACUGGAGGAGGAAGAGGGGAAGGAGCCGUAUCCCACUCCAGACACUCCAGGUAACCUAAUCUGUUCUGAGGUCAGUGUCCUAGCUUUGUUGCCAUAGCUUCCGUGGCCUGACAUUACCUUAUCUCUGAUCCUGGGUCUCCCCAGUUGGUGAUGAUGACAAUGAUGAUGAUAAUCUGCCAGAGGUUCCGGUUGGCCCACGCCCUCAAAGGCUGUCAGACCUCAGCAUCAAGGAGAAGACUCCGCCCAUCCCUGAGGGCAGCGCUUUCUUCAUCUUCAGCAACACUAACCCGUAAGUAGGCCUCAGUACUAAACACACGCACGGACGCACACGCACACACACUCAAAAAUAAUGUGUAAUUUCAUGGCUUUUUUUCUCAGGGUCCGGGUGGCCUGCCACAAGCUGACCAACCAUCACAUCUUCACCAACCUCAUCCUGGUCUUCAUCAUGCUGAGCUCUGUGUCUCUGGCUGCUGAGGACCCCAUACGUAACUUCUCCGCACGUAACAUCGUAUGUAUACUGCAGCAGCAGCCUUUUCUCUUACAUAUAGUGCAUUCGGAAAGUAUUCAGACCCCUUCCCUUUUUCCACAUUUUGUUACGUUACAGCCUUAUUCUAAAAUUGAUUACAUUAAAUGUUUUCCUCAUCAAUCUACAUACAAUACCCCAUAAUGACAAAGCGAAACAGGUUUCUAUAAAUUUUUGCACAUUUAUAAAAAACUAAAACAGAAAUUCCUUAUUUACAUAAGUAUUCAGACCCUUUUGCUAUGAGACUCAAAAUUGAGCUCAGGUGCAUCCUGUUUCCAUUGAACAUCCUUGAGAUGUAUCUACAACUUGAUUGGAGUCCACCUGUGGUAAAUUCAAUUGAUUGGACAUGAUUUGGAAAGGCACACACCUGUCUAUAAAAGGUCCCACAGUUUACAGUGCAUGUCAGCAAAAAACAAGCCAUGAGGUUGAAGGAAUUGUCCAUAGAGCUCCGAGACAGGAUUGUGUAGCAUUGCAGCAUUGAAGGUCCCCAAGAACACAGUGGCCUCCAUCCUUCUUAAAUGGAAGACGUUUGAACCACCAAGACUCUUCCUAGAGCUGGCCGUCCGGCCAAACUGAGCAAUCUGGUUAGAAGGGCCUAGGUCAGGGAGGUGACCAAGAACCCGAUGGUCACUCUGACAGAGCUCCAGAGUUCCUCUGUGGAGAUGGGAGAACCUUCCAGAAGGACAACCAUCUCUGCAGCACUCCACAAGUCAGAGCCUUAUGAUAGAGCGGCCAGACGGAAGCCACUCCUCAGUAAAAGGCACAUGACAGCCUGCUUGGAGUUUGCCAAAAGGCACCUAAAAGACUCUCAGACCAUGAGAAACAAGAUUCUCUGGUCUGAUGAAACCAAGAUUGAACUCUUUGGCCUUAAUACCAAGCAUCACGUCUGGAGGAAACCUGGCACCAUCCCUACGGUGAAGCAUGGUGGUGGCAGCAUCAUGCUGUGGGGAUGUUUUUCAGCGGCAGGGACUGAGAGACUAGUCAGGAUCGAGGGAAAGAUGAAUGGAGUAAAAUUGAGAUCCUUGAUGAAAACCUGCUCCAGAGCCUAAGCACACAGCCAAGACAAUGCAGGAGUGGCUUCGGGACAAGUCUCUGAAUGUCCUUGAGUGGCCCAGCCAGAGCCCGGACUUGAACCCGAUCUAACAUCUCUGGAGAGACCUGAAAAUAGCUGUGCAGCGACACUCCCCAUCCAACCUGACAGAGCUUGAGAGGAUCUGCAGAGAAGAAUGGGAGAAACUCCCCAAGUACAGGUGUGCCAAGCUUGUAGCGUCAUACCCAAGAAGACUCGAGGCAGUAAUCAUUGCCAAAGUUGCUUCAACAAAGUACUGAGUAAAGGGUCUUAAUACUUAAGUAUAUGUGAUUUUUCAAUUUUUUAUUUGUAAUACAUUUGCAAAAAUUUCUAAAAACCUGUUUUUACUUCACGUCAUUAUGGGGUAUUGUGUGUAGAUUGAUGAGGGAAAAAAGCAAUUGAAUCAAUUUUAGAAUAAGGCUGUAACGUAACAAAAUAUGGAUACAUUCAAAGGGUCUGAAUACUUUCCGAAUGCACUGUAAAAAUAACAUUUGAUAGCAUCAAGAUAAUUGUUACUUCCACGAAAGUGAUUUGACUGUAAUUUUACAGUAAUGACACUGUCACGAUCAUGUCUAAUAGUGGUAUGGAAUAUCUGUGUUAAAAAUAACUAAAAACCUCAAACCUAUACUUAGUAGCAGUAGUUAAUGUUUAGAUACUUUGUUAUCAAUUUAGGACUGUUGAUGCAUUCUGAAGUUGUUGAUAUCAUGUCAUGUGUUGAUGCCUUGAACUCCUGUUAAACUUUCACAUUGCCUUUUUCAGAUACUUGGUUAUUUUGACUAUGCUUUCACGGCAAUCUUUACUGUUGAGAUCCUAUUGAAGGUAAAUGCUCCCCCCCUGUGUGUGUGUGCUGUGCUCUAGUGCUUGUGUAGUAAUGCUCUGACCUUCUCGUUGCUUUCCAGAUCCUAGGCUAUGCAGAUUAUGUCUUCACUAGUAUAUUUACCUUUGAGAUCCUGUUGAAGGUAACCAGGUUUCUAUGACAACCAUAGUCUUGCUGCACUCCCCCUUCAACUGUAUGUCGCCUGUUUAUAAAUGGAGCACGUUUUUUCUGUUUGUCUGUCAGCAACCAUCACGGCAUGUAUUUUUGUAAAUUUUUUAGUGUAGCAUGGAUCACUCCAGUAGCAUGGAUCACUCCAGUAGCAUGGAUCACUGCAGUAGCAUGGAUCACUGCAGUAGUAUGGAUCACUGCAGUAGCAUGGAUCACUGCAGUAGCAUGGAUCACUGCAGUAGCAUGGAUCACUCCAGUAGCAUGGAUCACUGCAGUAGCAUGGAUCACUCCAGUAGCAUGGAUCACUGCAGUAGCAUGGAUCACUCCAGUAGCAUGGAUCACUGCAGUAGAAUGGAUCACUGCAGUAGCAUGGAUCACUCCAGUAGAAUGGAUCACUGCAGUAGCAUAGAUCACUGCAGUAGCAUGGAUCACUCCAGUAGCAUGGAUCACUCCAGUAGCAUGGAUCACUGCAGUAGCAUGGAUCACUCCAGUAGCAUGGAUCACUCCAGUAGAAUGGAUCACUCCAGUAGCAUGGAUCACUCCAGUAGCAUGGAUCACUGCCUUGUUAUUCUGUCCAGUUUUAACUGCACCCUGUAAAGAUAAGGGUUCAUGUGGUCCUCUGUAGCUCAAUUGGUAGAGCAUGGCGCUUGUAACGCCAGGGUAGUGGGUUCGAUCCCCGGGACCACUCAUACGUAAAAAUGUAUGUACACAUGACUGUAAGUCGCUUUAGAUAAAAGCGUCUGCUAAAUGGCAUAUUAUUAUAGUAGGUCACCUCUUUGUGAACCUCCACCAUAGAGAUUUUUACCCUGGUAUGUUUCUACUUUAGCCAACAACUCCUUUGUCAUUGUCAGUUUGGCUUGAGCUAAAGCAUAAACAGAACUGGCAACCAGGAUAGGAGAUCCUUGACAUGCUUCCCAGACCCAAUUCUCUUCUGCUGUUCAGCCCAGGCCCCCAUCUGUGUGUUCUCUUUGCUUCAUGUGAGGGCUCACGUCCGCAUCCAUUUCUAUCGGUCAUACGUUUGUUUUUGAUAUGAUUGUUUUGAGUACUUCCACAAAAUGUGCAUGAAACCAUGACACACAUGAAUGACUCUGAAGCAAUUAGACUCUACUCUUUUGAAUGCAACCUCCCCCCUCCCCCUCUCUGGUUUGGGAGGCUUUCAUACACUUCUGUAUCUCUCCACUGAUACAAAUCUCAUGUUUCAUGUUUUAUGCCUGGGCUUAAAGAUGCAAAUGUCAGAACCAAUAGAUUACCUGUAGAUGAAUGGAAAACGGGUUGAGCUAUCUUUGCUCUAAUCUUUACAGGAAAUGAAUAGCAUAUCUCUGAAAUAAUGUGUCCAAUGUCCGAAACAGUUCUCAUUUGUCAAUGUUUUAAAUGUCAAUGCCUCUGUGCUCUCAUGUUUGUGUAUUAGUGUGUGUGUGUGUGUGUGCAUGUGAAAAGAUGUACGGGUGAUUAUUUCUCUAUUGUCUGACAUGCAAUUCAAUGUUUUAUUUGUUGUUGUGUCUAUUGGUUUCUGUAGAAACCAGUUUUUGUUCCAUUAAAAUACCCUUCAUGUCUUAUUGAGCAGAAUGUGUAGGAGUUUGAGUAAGAAUGGAAGGAGCUAGAUCUGUAUCAGUGUGUGUAAGUGUGUUGGUCUGCCUAUUCUGAGAAGAUCACCAUGUUGCAUGAUAACAUUCCAGGAAAUGUAAAACUUGUAGUGUAUUUGAGGUUUAAAAAGGCUUAUGAAGUUUGUAAUUUACAGUUUGAAAUUUCAGACUUGAUUUUCCAUUUCGAAAAAUGGAUCAACCCCCACAAAAAUGACCAUGAAUUAUAAUCCACUAAAUAAUUCACAUUUCCUGUUGCUGCAGGAUUAUUUUCCUGCUGUAGCAAACUGGCUCAAAUUAAGAUCCUACAUGUCGAGCUCAUCUACAGUUGUAGCUGAACCUGUUGUGUGUCCAGUAUGAGAUGGCCCAGUGUAUAGGUCAGUAUAUCUGAUGCCGGUCUCCCUGUGCUCUCCAGAUGACAGCAUUUGGGGCUUUCCUCCAUAAAGGAGCCUUCUGCAGGAACUACUUCAACCUGCUGGACCUACUGGUGGUGGGAGUCUCUCUGGUGUCCUUCGGCAUUCAGUACGUAAAAAUGAAUAAAUUGGUUGAUUGAUCGAUUGAUCGAUCCAUCAUGCAAUAAAUCAAUCAAUAAUUCAAUCAGUCAGGGAUGUGGCCAUAACUGUCUGUGUUUUGUGUUCAGGUCAUCUGCCAUCUCUGUGGUGAAGAUCUUGCGUGUGUUGAGGGUGUUGCGGCCCCUGAGGGCCAUCAACAGAGCCAAGGGCCUCAAGGUGAGACGGGGGGCCAGUGGGCCACAGUGUAACAACUGUUUAACAACACACCCAGAGAAAACCUCUUCUAACUAGUACACUUCCUCAAGAGAACUGACUACUGAAGUCGCCUGUUUGUAAAUCAUCAUGCUAAGGGUACAGGGUUCAAUAAUGUAAUUCAUCCCUGACCUUUUCUCUAUCUCUCCUCUGUUUUUGACCCCUGAACCUGCAGCAUGUGGUCCAGUGUGUAUUUGUGGCCAUCAGGACCAUCGGCAACAUCAUGAUCGUCACCACGCUGUUACAGUUCAUGUUUGCCUGCAUAGGAGUGCAGCUAUUCAAGGUACCUACUGCCAUUACAGUGAUAACACUCAUACAGUAUUGUCUGUAGUUGAUGCAUGAUGCAGUAGUUAUACGUGUGGUUAUGUGUGUGUAAUAUGUGUGGCAGAAUGGCAGCUGUUAAAUGUUCUGUUCUCUCAGGGCAAGUUCUAUCGCUGCACAGACGAGGCUAAGUCCAGCCCAGGGGAAUGCAAGUGAGUUUGACUGCUCUUCAUUCAAACAUAAGGGCUGGAGUGCUGAGACCCAGCCUAUUUGUACACUACCAGUCAAAAGUUUGGACACACCUACUCAUUCAAGGGUUUUUCUUUAUUUUUACUAUUUUUAACAUUGUACAAUAAUAGUGAAGACAUCAAAACUAUGAAAUAACACAUAUGUAAUCAUGUAGUAACCAAAAAAGUGUUAAACAAAUCAAAAUAUAUUUUAUAUUUGAGAUUCUUCAAAGUAGCCACCCUUUGACUUGAUGACAGCUUUGCACACUCUUGGCAUUCUCUCAACCAGCUUCACCUGGAAUGCUUUUCCAACAGUCUUGAAGGAGUUCCCACAUAUGCUGAGCACUUGUUGGCUGCUUUUCCUUCACUCUGCCGUCCGACUCAUCCCAAACCAUCUCAAUUGGGUUAAGGUCGGGGGAUUGUGGAGGCCAGGUCAUCUGAUGCAGCGCUCCAUCACUCUCCUUCUUGGUCAAAUAGCCCUUACACAGCCUGGAGGUGUGUUGGGUCAUUGACCUGUUGAAAAACAAAUGAUAGUCCCACAAAGCCCAAACCAGAUGGGAUGGCGUAUCGCUGCAGAAUGCUGUGGUAGCCAUGCUGGUUAAGUGUGCCUUGAAUUCUAAAUAAAUCACAGACAGUGUCACCAGAAAAGCACCCCCACACCAUAACACUUCCUCCUCCAUGGUUUACGGUGGGAACUACACAUGCAGAGAUCAUCCGUUCACCCACACCGCAUCUCACAAAGACACUGCGGUUUGAACAAAAAAUCUCCAAUUUGGACUCCAGACCAAAGGACACAUUUCCACAGGUCUAAUGUCCAUUGCUAGUGUUUCUUGGCCCAAGCAGUACUCUUCUUCUUAUUGGUGUCAUUUAGUAGUGGUUUCUUUGCAGAAAUUCAACCAUGAAGGCCUGAUUUCACACAGUCUCCUCUGAACAGUUGAUGUUGAGAUGUGUCUGUUACUUUAUCUCUGUAAAGAAUUUAUUUGGGCUGCAAUUUCUGAGGCUGGUAACUCUAAUGAACGUAUCCUCUGCAGCAGAGAUAACUCUGGGUCUUCCAUUCCUGUGGCGGUCCUCAUGAGAGCCAGUUUCAUCAUAGCACUUGAUGGUUUUUGCGACUGCACUUGAAGAAACGUUCAAAGUUCUUGAAAUUUUCCGGAUUGACUGACCUUCAUGUCUUAAAGUAAUGAUGGACUGUUGUUUCUCUUUGCUUAUUUGAGCUGUUCUUGCCAUAAUAUGGACUUGGUCUUUUACCAAAUAGGGCUAUCUUCUGUAUACCCCCCCCCCCCCCCCUAACUUGUCACAACACAACUGAUUGGCUCAAACGCAUUAAGGAAAGAAAUUCCACAAAUUAACUUUUAAGAAGGCACACCUUUUUAUUGAAAUGCAUUCCAGGUGACUACCUCAUGAAGCUGGUUGAGAGAAUGCCAAGAGUGUGCAAAGCUGUCAUCAAGGCAAAGGGUGGCUAUUUGAUAUAAAAUACAUUAUGAUUUGUUUAACACUUGUUUGGUGACUACAUGAUUCUAUAUGUGUUAUUUCAUAGUUUUGAUGUCUUCACUAUUAUUCUACAAUGUAAAAAAUAGUAAAACCUUUUGACUGGUACUGUAUGUGUCUAUCUGGAAAUACGGAUGAUUAUGUAGAUACAUGGAUUUAGAUGUAACUCCUCCUCUCUCUCCUCUAGAGGCACAUACAUUCUGUAUAAGGAUGGAGACACAGCGUUGCCUGCAGUCAGAGAGAGGAUCUGGUACAACAGUGACUUCAACUUUGACAACGUCCUCAUGGCCAUGAUGGCUCUGUUCACCGUCUCUACGUUUGAAGGCUGGCCUGCGUAAGAGCCUCUCACAGAUGCACGCAUGCACACACACACACACACACACACACACACACAGCAAAUGCACAUGUGAAUAUGCACACUCCCACGUUUGCAUAUCCAGACAGACAAACAGUUGAAGUCGGAAGUUUACAUUCACUUAGGUUGGAGUCAUUAAAACUUGUUUUUCAACCACUCCACAAAUUUCUUGUUAACAAACUAUAGUUUUGGCAAGUCGGUUAGGACAUCUACUUUGUGCAUGACACAAGUAAUUUUUCCAACAAUUGUUUACAGACUGAUUAUUUCACUUAUAAUUCACUGUAUCACAAUUCAAGUGGGUCAGAAGUUUACAUACACUAAGUUGACUGUGCCUUUAAACAGCUUGGAAAAUUCCAGAAAAUGAUGUCAUGGCUUUAGAAGCUUCUGAUAGGCUAAUUGACAUAAUUUGAGUCAAUUGGAGGUGUACCUGUGGAUGUAUUUCAAGGCCUACCUUCAAACUCAGUGCCUCUUUCCUUGACAUCAUGGGAAAAUCAAAAUAAAUCAGCCAAGACCUCAGAAAAAAAAUUGUAGACCUCCACAAGUCUGGUUCAUCCUUGGGAGCAAUUUCCAAACGCCUGAAGGUACCACGUUCAUCUGUACAAACAAUAGUACGCAAGUAUAAACACCAUGGGACCACGCAGCCGUCAUACCGCUCAGGAAGGAGACGCGUUCUGUCUCAUAGAGAUGAACGUACUUUGGUGCGAAAAGUGCAAAUCAAUCCCAGAACAACAGCAAAGGACCUUGUGAAGAUGCUGGAGGAAACAGGUACAAAAGUAUCUACAUCCACAGUAAAACGGGUCCUAUAUCGACAUAACCUGAAAGGCCACUCAGCAAGGAAGAAGCCACUGCUCCAAAACCGCCAUAUAAAGGCCAGACUACGGGUUGCAACUGCACAUGGGGACAAAGAUCAUACUUUUUGGAGAAAUGUCCUCUGUUCUGAUUAAACAAAAAUAGAACUGUUUGGCCAUAAUGACCAUCGUUAUGUUUGGAGGAGAAAGGGGCUGCUUGCAAGCCGAAGAACACCAUCCCAACCGUGAAGCACGGGGGUGGCAGCAUCAUGCUGUGGGGGUGCUUUGCUGCAGGAGGGACUGGUGCACUUCACAAAAUAGAUGGCAUCAUGAGGAAGGAAAAUUAUGUGGAUAUAUUGAAGCAACAUCUCAAGACAUCAGUCAGGAAGUUAAAGCUUGGUCGCAAAUGGGUCUUCCAAAUGGACAAUGACCCCAAGCAUACUUCCAAAGUUGUGGCAAAAUGGCUUAAGGACAACAAAGUCAAGGUAUUGGAGUGGCCAUCACAAAGCCCUGACCUCAAUCCUAUAGAAAAUGUGUGGGCAGAACUGAAAAAGCAUGUCCGAGCAAGGAGGCUUACAAACCUGACUCAGUUACACCAGCUCUGUCAGGAGGAAUGGGUCAAAAUUCACCCAACUUAUUGUGGGAAGCUUUUGGAAGGCUACCGGAAACGUUUGACCCAAGUUAAACAAUUUAAAGGCAAUGCUACCAAAUACUAAUUGAGUGUAUGUAAACUUCUGACACACUGGGAAUGUGAUGAAAUAAAUAAAAGCUUAAAUAAAUAAUUCUGUCUACUAUUAUUCUGACAUUUCACAUUCUUAAAAUAAAGUGGUGAUCCUAACUGACCUAAGACAGGGAAUUUUUACUAGGAUUAAAUGUCAGGAAUUGUGAAAAACUGAGUUUAAAUGUAUUUGGCUAAGGUGUAUGUACACUUCCGACUUCAACUGUACAUUUUGACGAAGCAGCUCACUGAUUAGUGUGUGUUUUAUUCUGUGGCUCAGUCUGCUGUACAAGGCCAUCGACUCCAACAGAGAGAAUAUGGGUCCCAUCUACAACUACCGCGUGGAGAUCUCCAUCUUCUUCAUCAUCUACAUCAUCAUCAUCGCCUUCUUCAUGAUGAACAUCUUCGUCGGUUUUGUCAUCGUCACCUUCCAGGAGCAGGGAGAGAAAGAGUACAAGAACUGUGAGCUGGACAAGAACCAGGUAACAACCUAAUUAGUUAGUGUGUGUGUGUGUGUAUGUGCACAUGAAUAUGUGUGUGUAUUACUGUGUGUUUUCUCUCCCCUGUCUAGCGUCAGUGUGUGGAGUAUGCUUUGAAGGCUCGUCCACUGAGAAGGUACAUCCCUAAGAACCCCUACCAGUAUAAGUUCUGGUAUGUGGUCAACUCCACAGGCUUUGAGUACGUCAUGUUCGUCCUCAUCAUCCUCAACACACUGUGUCUGGCCAUCCAGGUGAGUCCCUAAACUGCCAUGCAUCUAUAGUCCUCUCUCUCUGUCUCUUUCUCUGUCUCUGGGUCUCUCUGUGUCUCUGUGUCUCUCUGUGUCUCUGUGACAUUUUUGUAAGACUCAUUAACUGUCUCCUCAUCCUUCUUUCUGUUCUUCUAAUGCCCCUUAUCUUCCCCCUUUCUCUCUCUUUCUCUGACCCUCUCUCUCCCUCUUCUCUCUCCAUCUCUCUCCCUUUCUCUCCAUUUCCUCAGCACUAUGGCCAGUCCCACCUGUUCAACUAUGCCAUGGACAUCCUCAACAUGGUCUUCACUGGCGUCUUCACUGUGGAGAUGAUCUUUAAACUCAUCGCCUUCAAACCCAGGGUGAGUCAGUCUGUCUGCCUGCCUCUCAACUCGCACCAUAGACCAGUUAUCUCACCCCACUCUCCCUCUACCAAGUAUCUUCCCCUGUAAUAUUACCUUAACACUCCCCCCUCACCCUUUCCCUUCCUACUUCUUACCCUCCACUGACCCCCCCCCCCUCCCGCACACACCCAUGCUGGGCUCCGUACCUUGGCCUGUAGGGGUAUUUUGGGGAUGCCUGGAACGUCUUCGAUGCCCUGGUGGUGAUCGGCAGCGUAGUAGACAUCAUUCUCAGUCAGGUAGAUGUGAGUAUUAUAAUAGAGCUGCCCUCAUCCCUGCCUCCACUCUUCCUUCCUUUGUUCCUUCCCCACCUUUUUCUAGACUCACUCCCCCCCCUGUUGGCUCCUUGUCCUACUGUGGGACCUCUGUCAGGACUGGCCACCAUAGGUACGAUGCAUUACCAAUGCUGGACUGGUGCUGGACUGGUAUUGGGUCUAGGUCUAUGGUGGCCAGUUACUCAGCACUGUGUAGGCACUGUAUCAGCGAGAGACUUACAACACCUUAUACAGUAGAGGGUUGUAGAGGGUUCAUAACAGAUCAUAGUCAGAACUUCAUUAACUGUUUCACAUGUAAACUUGGACUACUUAGAAGCAUGCAUACAUUUUGUAUUCUCCCAGACACAGUGCCACUCAGACUCUUUUUUUUCUACUUUCUGCUGUAUAUUUUCAUGUUUUGUCUGUAUUUUCACAUCUCUCUCUAUCCUUCUCUUUCUCUUUUUCUGCCUCUGUUCUCUCUCUGUUCUCUCCCCGUCUCUUUGUGUCCUUGGGCUGGCGCUUACAGCACUAUUUCGCCGAUGCAUGGAACACGUUUGAUGCCUUAAUUGUUGUUGGUAGCGUCGUUGACAUUGCAAUCACAGAGAUCAAUGUAAGUAGCCAUCUUCAUGCUCCUUGUUCUGUAGCACUAUUGGAGGGAAUGCAUUACAAUAACAUCAGGGUUACAUUCAAGAUCCCAACAUGUUUUCAUGUCCCAGACAUGUUCAUUAACUAUGCUCGCUAGAGCAAUAGCUUUCCAAGGAGCUAUCUAUUUGUUAAGUUGCGUCCACCGUGUUGGAGUAAUGUUGUAAUCUUGAAUGCAACCCUAUGAGCCUGGAGAUCAAAUUUCAUGUCACAUCUAUAUAAAUAUCAUGACAACUGAGUCAGAUCUUUACCAGCUUAGUACGAUUUUCUAAUGAUAGGACAGUUUCAAAACACUCCCAGGGUUACUGCAAGGCCUCCCUCCAAUAUGUUGUCUAGAUUAGUCGAUCCCAUGCUUGAUGCUGUUCUGUGACUUUGUGACAUCAUGAAGUUUGUGUGCCUCUGUUUCUUCCCUUUUUUGGAAUUACAAAUCUAAACACACAUAUAGACUUACACACAUACAUAUGCAGAGAUUGUCUCACUAUAUGGUAUGUUUCAAGUUUACUAGUGAAACAAUAUACAUAGUUAUUUGAUAUCAAUUAAAUCAAGUUUGUCUUUCUGGGAUCUCCGUAUUUUCUAGUGCUGAUCAAAGUUGUACUGCAUUAUAUUAGUGUUUUCUUUCUUCACCUGUGUAGAAUUGUAUGACAUGUUUGAUGUACUGAAUGUACUACUGUGUGUGGUAAUCAGUACUAAGCUACUGUGGUUGUGCUUUGCAGUGUCAAAACGGUUGCUUAUGUAACAUGUCUGUUAUGGAUGUUCUCUGAUUCCUUUAGUUGAAGACGUUUCAAUAAUGUUAUGGAUGGUUGAUUGAAUCAACAAUAAAGAAAUGUAAUGACAUUCUGAAGCAGUUGUUAGAUAAGUAAUUAUGUCAAUAACUAUGUCAAUGACUAAUUGAUGACCUCAAUGAUAUGAGUGAUGAAGAAGUGAAGUUGUUAGUGGUUAACCCAGACCUUUGGUUUCAAGGCCAUCCCAGUGGUGAAGGUGAUUGUGGACCCAGGGGUAAGAAGCCCCUCCCAGUACCUCACUCUUCCUCAUCGUCAUCGUCGUCUAAGCACAGAGCUGUUUCUGUUGUCAGUCGUCACGUUCGUUCGCAUGAAAUAUCAUGUUCUGAAACCAUAUUCUUUGUUGAGGUUUUGUCUUGCCUGUUUUGUGGGCUGGUACCAUGGACAAGAUCAGUUCUGGUUUGGGAUCUUGUGUGUGUCGAGCAUCAUCUCAUUAUCAGUCUUUUUUUGUGUUGUUUUGUUCAUGUUUGACCUGGAUCAUACUGUAGAUGUUGUGGGUUUGUUCAGGUUUGCUUGUGUCCAAAGCAGUCAUCCAAUGAAGCAUGCGUCUGGACAUUGUGGAGAUGGGAGUGGAGUGCUUCUGUAUGACUCCUAGGAGUGGGGACACUUGACUUGGGUGGCUACUGAAUGUGUGUGGGACGUGUUUGCAUUGCAUUCACACAAGUUAAGGACUGUUGCAUGUUCCUCUACCUGAAUGUGUACACGCAUGCACAGAGGUGCUUGAACACACGUGCACGUACGUACACAUGCACACGCACACACUGCGUGUUGAUCUCUGGCAUGCUCCUAGCUGUGUGUUAAAGUAGCACUAUCAGUCCUGUGGGUGUUCAACCUCCUCUCUCUCUCUCUCUCUCUCUCUCUCUCUCUCUCUCUCUCUCUCUCUCUCUCUCUCUCUCUCUCUCUCUCUCUUUCUCUCUCUCUUUCUCUCAGAACACUGAGGACAGCGCUCGCAUCUCCAUCACAUUCUUCCGUCUGUUUCGAGUAAUGCGAUUGGUCAAGCUGCUCAGCAGAGGGGAGGGCAUCCGAACGCUCCUGUGGACCUUCAUUAAGUCCUUCCAGGUGAGAGAAUAAAUGCUCAGGUAUAGGGUUGCGAAGCUACCAGUAAUUUACCAAAGUUACCAGAAUCUUCGCUAAUUUUGGUAAUGAAUACGUCAUUUGUGGUAACUUUGGUAAUUUAUACUUGAAUAAAGUUUUUUUUAAACGUAUUCAUAUACCUUAUUAUUUUUUUUAGAUCUGUGUCCAUUUUGUCCAUGUGUUUCUAGUAGGUAGACCAUAUGGUUGAAGAGAAAAUUGCCUAAUUAAUGAAAAAAACAUCUAAUCAACAAUGGCAUUAUUUUAAAUUAACUCUGCCAAAUAUGAACUUUUUUCACAACUGCCACCAGUUUGACGCCAAAACAUUUACAACAGAGACAUAUUGACAUAGUCAAAUACAUUUAAGUAUUGUUAGGUUCUAAAUAACAAGGUAAAAACCGACUGACGACUAGUAAAGCUCAAACCAAGUUUAUUCGCCCACUGGGUCACACAGCUGCAUUAGACAAAAUACAUGUUCCAACCAGCACAAAUAUAUAUAUAUAUAUAUAUAUAUACUCCAAUUUAGGUGACCUCCUCCUUCCCUCUAAACAUUACAUCUUCAUUGCUAGGCAGGAAGUUAAGUGAUGCAGGCAAUAAACUGUUCCUUCUCCCUUAAUGUGACCUGACCUGACCUCGACCCUAUUCCUCACUAAUCCACAGCUCUCCACCCUUAUCAGUGACUGCAACCUUUCCUUUACUCAGUACAUUCCAAGCUUAAUUGCCUCCACCAUAUACAUUCCUCCUACAGAAAACCAUUAACUUCUGGUGUAUAAACCAGACUAUGUCACUCCUCAUGGCUAUAGGAUAACUGAUGAUUAACGAUAUUUCAAGUUUAGAAGUCAGAAUCCAUCAGUAUGUAAAUAAAUAUAUAUAAAGGAUAUUUCAUGUUGAAACCCACAUAUUAAAUACCAAUGGUAUUCACUAAGUUGAUGGUUUAUAUCUAGGAUAAUGUUUUGAUUCAUGAGCUGAAAUAAAAGAGGCCAGAAAUUUCCAUACACACAAAAAGCUUAUUUCUCUCAAAUUUUGGGCACAAAUUUAUUUACGAGCAUUUCUCCUUUGCCAAGAUAAUCCAUCCACCUGACAGGUGUUGCAUAUCAAGAAGCUGAUUAAACAGCAUGAUCAUUAAACAUAUGCACCUUGUGCUGGGGACAAGAAAAGGCCACUCUAAAAUGUGCAGUUUUGUCACACAACAAAAUGCCACAGAUGUCUCAAGUUUUGAGGGAGCAUGCAAUUGGCAUGCUGACUGUAGGAAUGUCCACCAGAGCUGUUGCCAGAGAAUUUAAUGUUAAUUUCUCUACCAUAAGCCGCCUCAAACGUCGUUUUAGAGAAUUUGGCAGUACGUCCAACCGGCCUCACAACUGCAGACCAUGUGUAACCACGCCAGCCCAGGACCUCCACAUCUGGCUUCUUCACCUGCGGGAUCGUCUGAGACCAGCCACCCGGACAGCUGAUGAAACAGUGGGACUGCACAACCAAAGAAUUUCUGCACAAACUGUUAGAAACCGUCUCAGGGAAGCUCAUCUGGGUGCUCGUCGUCCUCACCAGGGUCUUGACCUGACUGCAGUUCAGCGUCGUAACCGACUUCAGUGGGCAAAUGCUCACCUUCGAUGGCCACUGGCAUGCUGGAGAAGUGUGUUCUUCACAGAUUAAUCCUGGUUUCAACUGUACUGGGCAGAUGGCAGACAGCUUGUAUGGUAUCGUGUGGGCGAGCGGUUUGCUAAUGUCAAAGUUGUGAACAGAGUGCCCACCGCCACGGUGGGGUUAUGGUAUGGGCAGGUAUAAGCUACAGACAACGAACACAAUUCCAUUUUAUCAAUGUCAAUUUCAAUACACAAAAAUACUGUGACGAAAUCCUGAGGCCCAUUGUGACGCCCAAGGUAUCUGUGACCAACAGAUGCAUAUCUGUAUUCCCAGUCAUGUGAAAUAUGUAGAUUAUGGCCUAAUUAAUUAAUGAAUUUCCUCAUAUGAACUGUAACUCAGUAAAAUCUUAGAAAUUGUUGCAUGUUGCAUUUAUAUUUUUGUUCAGUAUAGUUUCCCGUCCAAAAUUGUAAUCAGUAACGUAACUUUUGGAUUACCCAAAUUCAGUAACGUAAUCGGAUUACUUUCAGUUAUCUUUAGAUUACUUUCCCCUUAAGAGGCAUUAGACGAAGACAAAAAUGUAUAUUACCAAUUGAACGACAUCUAAUACAAGAUAAAUCAAUGUUUGAAUGUACAUAGCUGGCCAUAAUGGAUGUUGCACUUUACUUUAUGGGUAAAAAAUUUUUUUUUAUAUAUAUAUUUUUUAGGGGGUAGAUCAGCUUUAAUAUUGCAGAUAGAUUGUAACUUCCAUCAAUGUAAUUGUCUGCAUUACUUCCAAUCCCCCAUAUGUAAUUUUUUCUCGCAUAUAUAGAUAUAUAUAUAUAUAUAUACAUACAUACAUACAGUGGGGAGAACAAGUAUUUGAUACACUGCCGAUUUUGCAGGUUUUCCUACUUACAAAGCAUGACAUAAGUAUUUGAUCACCUACCAACCAGUAAGAAUUCCGGCUCUCACAGACAUGUUCGUUUUUCUUUAAGAUGCCCUCCUGUUCUCCACUCAUUACCUGUAUUAACUGCACCUGUUUGAACUCGUUACCUGUAUAGAAGACACCUGUCCACACACUCAAUCAAACAGACUCCAACCUCUCCACAAUGGCCAAGACCAGAGAGCUGUGUAAGGACAUCAGGGAUAAAAUUGUAGACCUGCACAAGGCUGGGAUGGGCUACAGGACAAUAGGCAAGCAGCUUGGUGAGAAUGUAACAACUGUUGGCGCAAUUAUUAGGAAAUGGAAGAAGUUUAAGAUGACGGUCAAUCACCCUCGGUCUGGGGCUCCAUGCAAGAUCUCACCUCGUGGGGCAUCAAUGAUCAUGAGGAAGGUGAGGGAUCAGCCCAGAACUACACGGCAGGACCUGGUCAAUGACCUGAAGAGAGCUGGGACCACAGUCUCAAAGAAAACCAUUAGUAACACACUACACCGUCAUGGAUUAAAAUCCUGCUGCGCACGCAAGGUCCCCCUGCUCAAGCCAGCGCAUGUCCAGGCCCGUCUGAAGUUUGCCAAUGACCAUCUGGAUGAUCCAGAGGAGGAAUGGGAGAAGGUCAUGUGGUCUGAUGAGACAAAAAUAGAGCUUUUUGGUCUAAACUCCACUCGCCGUGUUUGGAGGAAGAAGAAGGAUGAGUACAACCUCAAGAACACCAUCCCAACCGUGAAGCAUGGAGGUGGAAACAUCAUUCUUUGGGGAUGCUUUUCUGCAAAAGGGACAGGACGACUGCACCGUAUUGAGGGGAGGAUGGAUGGGGCCAUGUAUCGCGAGAUCUUGGCCAACAACCUCCUUCCCUCAGUAAGAGCAUUGAAGAUGGGUCGUGGCUGGGUCUUCCAGCAUGACAACGACCCGAAACACACAGCCAGGGCAACUAAGGAGUGGCCUAGCCAGUCUCCAGACCUGAACCCAAUAGAAAAUCUUUGGAGGGAGCUGAAAGUCCGUAUUACCCAGCGACAGCCCCGAAACCUGAAGGAUCUGGAGAAGGUCUGUAUGGAGGAGUGGGCAAAAUCCCUGCUGCAGUGUGUGCAAACCUGGUCAAGACCUACAGGAAACGUAUGAUCUCUGUAAUUGCAAACAAAGGUUUCUGUACCAAAUAUUAAGUUAUGCUUUUCUGAUGUAUCAAAUACUUAUGUCAUGCAAUACAACGCAAAUUAAUUACUUAAAAAUCAUACAAUGUUGAAGUGUACCUAUGAUAAAAAUUACAGACCUCUACAUGCUUUGUAAGUAGGAAAACCUGCAAAAUCGGCAGUGUAUCAAAUACUUGUUCUCCCCACUGUACAUAUAUACACAUACAUAUACAUUUCCUUUUUUAAAAUAUAUUUCCCUUAAUUACUUUCCAACCCCACCACCCCUUCCCUAAUUGGAGUGAACUAGUGAACAACAAUGCUUAGGCCUCUACUUCCAGCUUAUACAUACUAUAUACAUUUUAUGGACACAGUCAAUUUUACAAUAAUUCAAUUUUGUUUGUUUUUACUCCUGAACUUCAUCUACCCUCAACCUCCGAUCAUUUUCAUGAUGUCCAUCCGGUUUGCUUCUAUAUGCCAUAUCUUUCUAACUGUGCUCUUUCACAAAAGCUCUCAACCUAUAUACUUAUUACAUUUACAUUUUAGUCAUUUAGCAGACGCUCUUAUCCAGAGCGACUUACAGGAGCAAUUAGGGUUAAGUGCCUUGCUCAAGGGCACAUCAGCAGAUUAUUCACCUAGUCGGCUUGGGGAUUCGAACCAGCAAUCUUUUGAUUACAGGCCCAACGCUCUAACCGUAGGCUUCUUCUAACCCAGUUCUUUCUACUUCAAUACAGAUAGUAAUAUGAUUAGGCUACAUCUUUACAUUCUGUCAGAUUUCCUGUCAUUUCAAUUCAUUUAAUACUCCUUGAUCUUCAAGAAUAGGAAAUAUGGAAAUAUAGAUUAGCCAAAUUGUUUUACCUGAGCAAGGACUUAUUAGCCUACUCUGUUGUUAAAUGCUGCUCUCAUAGAAUGGCAUGCUUUGAGCACUACUGAAAAGCAUUAUUUGCAUUUAAAAAAUGAAUGCCACAUGUUGCAUUUGCUAUAGGCCUAUUGUUUACAUUUUUGUUGGUGACACUUUGAUAUCUCGAUAAUUUGCAGUCUGUCAAAAGUGUACGAGUUUGAACAUAUGUCCUUUAGGCCAAUGGAUUUUUUUUUAUCAGCACAAAUUAGAUUUAGCAAUAACAAGCCCCACUUGUGGUCUUCUUAAAUUAAACUUGUUUUUGACAGUAUGUGUAGCACAAUUCCACAGAGGAGUUUAGAAGGGAGGAACUCCCUCAAACUUUUAUUCCAUCCGCCUGGGUACAGACAUCAGUUCCAAAAGAAAUACAUAAAAUUCCAAAAGAAACUUGAAUGUUACCAAAAUUCUGGCAGUUUACUGGUAAACUUUGAAAGUUUCAAGUAAUACCCUCCCUUUGCAACCCUACUCAGGUAACAGUGGAGUCAUACAGGUCAGACUGUAACCGUACAGGUGAAGGUGCACCUUCCCUUGCUGAGUCAAACUACUAAAACUAUCUUUCUCUCUCUGGCAUUCCUAGGCUCUUCCCUAUGUUGCCCUUCUGAUAGCCAUGUUAUUCUUCAUCUAUGCUGUUAUUGGAAUGCAGGUAACUGACAGACAUUUAUUUAGGAAAUGUUGAAAUUACAAUAUGAUUACCUUACCAAUAGCAUUUAUUUCUUCAAUAACACACUGUGCUGUGUUUCAGGUGUUUGGCAAGAUCGCCUUGGUAGACCACACACAGAUUAACCGUAACAACAACUUCCAGACCUUUCCUCAAGCUGUCCUGAUGCUCUUCAGGUAUGUCUGUGUGUGACUAGUUUAUUUAUUAUUAUGGAUGGUGAAUAGUUGUGGUCGUUGUCGUCAUAAUAUUACUGUUGUUGAUGCUUCUCAGGUGUGCUACAGGCGAGGUGUGGCAGGAGAUCAUGCUGGCAUGUCUGCCAGGGAAGCUGUGUGACUCAGAGUCAGACUACAACCCUGGAGAGGAGAAAACCUGUGGCAGCGGAUUCGCUAUCAUCUACUUCAUCAGCUUCUACAUGCUCUGCGCCUUCCUGGUACACACACAUAAUCACAGCAUGUACACUGUGAUGGAAAUUCUAACCAGAAAAGGAGAGUGAGACUGUAGAUUCUUCAAACAACUUAUUUUAUUAUAAGAAUUGCAUUCUGGAGCAGUUAGCAAUCGCACAACAGGUGCAACAGUCAAGAGCCCAAUGAACAAGAGUUGGGUCUCAGCUUUUAUAACCUUUGUCUACGUGGCAGUUUAGCAGGUGUGUGAGAUCAUGAUGGGAACAUAGCGUACAAACAAGUGCUAACGCCAGUUUUGUUACUCCUUUCUGCUGAUCGAAUUGUCUUUGCUGCUCAAGCUAGCCUCUGUUCUCUUCAUAUCUCCACACAGCUGAAUCCCUUGAAAGAUAUGAAAAGAACAGGAUGCACCAGAAACUGGUCACUCGCAGACGGCCCUUUGUCUUUGGCCGCGUGACUAAGUUACUCAGAAACAAGAGAGGAAAAACACUGGCUUCUUCUUACCUGAGAGAAACAGAGAGUGGAAAUGUACAGGUUUAAGGCUCAUACAGCGCAUGUGUAUAACAAAGUUUGUACACUGCUCAAAAAAAUAAAGGGAACACUUAAACAACACAAUGUAACUCCAAGUCAAUCACACUUCUGUGAAAUCAAACUGUCCACUUAGGAAGCAACACUGAUUGACAAUACAUUUCACAUGCUGUUGUGCAAAUGGAAUAGACAACAGGUGGAAAUUAUAGGCAAUUAGCAAGACACCCCCAAUAAAGGACUGGUUUUGCAGGUGGUGACCACAGACCACUUCUCAGUUCCUAUGCUUCCUGGCUGAUGUUUUGGUCACUUUUGAAUGCUGGCGGUGCUUUCACUCUAGUGGUAGCAUGAGACUGAGUCUACAACUCACACAAGUGGCUCAGGUAGUGCAGCUCAUCCAGGAUGGCACAUCAAUGCGAGCUGUGGCAAGAAGGUUUGCUGUGUCUGUCAGCGUAGUGUCCAGAGCAUGGAGGCGCUACCAGGAGACAGGCCAGUACAUCAGGAGACGUGGAGGAGGCCGUAGGAGGGCAACAACCCAGCAGCAGGACUGCUACCUCCGCCUUUGUGCAAGGAGGAGCAGGAGGAGCACUGCCAGAGCCCUGCAAAAUGACCUCCAGCAGGCCACAAAUGUGCAUGUGUCUGCUCAAACGGUCAGAAACAGACUCCAUGAGGGUGGUAUGAGGGCCCGACGUCCACAGGUGGGGGUUGUGCUUACAGCCCAACACUGUGCAGGACGUUUGGCAUUUGCCAGAGAACACCAAGAAUGGCAAAUUCGCCACUGGCGCCCUGUGCUCUUCACAGAUGAAAGCAGGUUCACACUGAGCACAUGUGACAGACGUGACAGAGUCUGGAGACGCCGUGGAGAACGUUCUGCUGCCUGCAACAUCCUCCAGCAUGACCAGUUUGGCGGUGGGUCAGUCAUGGUGUUGGGUGGCAUUUCUUUGGGGGGCCGCACAGCCCUCCAUGUGCUCGCCAGAGGUAGCCUGACUGCCAUUAGGUACCGAGAUGAGAUCCUCAGACCCCUUGUGAGACCAUAUGCUGGUGCAGUUGGCCCUGGGUUCCUCCUAAUGCAAGACAAUGCUAGACCUCAUAUGGCUGGAGUGUGUCAGCAGUUCCUGCAAGAGGAAGGCAUUGAUGCUAUGGACUGGCUGAAUUGAAUGUCAUUGAGAAAACAGAAAGGUGGUCCCUUACUGAUACUAUGUAUACCUCUGUUUCAGAUCAUCAACCUGUUUGUUGCUGUCAUCAUGGAUAACUUUGACUAUCUGACGCGUGAUUGGUCCAUUCUGGGCCCUCACCACCUGGAUGAGUUUAAAAGGAUCUGGUCUGAGUACGACCCUGAGGCCAAGUGAGUCUGCAUUACCAUCUGGAAAUAGAGUACACAAACUCACACACACAAACUCACACACACACACCCCUGCAGUCAUUCAUUUACAUUGGUUCCCACUGUGUGUUGUUUCUGUAUUUGGUGUUGCUUUCAGGGGUGUGUCGGUUUCAGUGUCUGUGUCUCUGUGUCUCUUUCAGGGGCAGGAUAAAGCAUCUGGAUGUGGUGACCUUGCUAAGACGCAUCCAGCCUCCUCUAGGCUUUGGCAAGCUGUGUCCACAUAGGGUGGCCUGCAAGGUGUGUCUGAACACCCAAACAGCACAAGUAUUACAUGAGGUGUUCAUAUUGUGAGCUCAAUCUUGCCCUGGUUAACUCAUAUGUUGCAUGACCAUAACUCCUUUCAGAGACUGGUUGCAAUGAAUAUGCCCCUGAACAGUGAUGGCACGGUCAUGUUCAAUGCCACUCUGUUUGCCUUGGUGAGGACCGCUCUGAAGAUCAAAACUGAAGGUGAGCAGUGCGUUCAACACAGCAGCAGCUGCUGUGGACAUUCACCUUAAUGUGAGAAUAGGGCAGCUUGGCAUUUUGCACUAAUUUAGUACUGCCUGUAGCAAAAGAGCGCUCCUGGGAGCUAACACAGUAAUGAUGUCUGAAUGAGGACAUACUAUGAAGUCUAUAGGACAGAAUCAUCACACAGUUUCUCUGAUGGCAUAUUUCCACUAAGGAAUUACCCCAGUGUUUUACCCAAAAUGCUCAGACUUUUGUGUUUCCACCGCCAUGGCCUAGCUCCAGUUUCUCACUGGGCCAUGGCCUCAGUGGACCUGCUCUGAUUUAGAGCCAAUGUUCACAAGUCCUCAGUGUCAGCCCUAGCUAUAUGGAAACACAGUUCCCCAAAAAUAACAUUAGAGCCAACAUUACCAUAAUCACUGUCGACACACUGGUGUGGUAAUGGAAUCAAUGAAUGUACUCAAAAUACUCUUAUACAGUGGCCUGCUCAAUAGCUGUCUUGAUUGGUCCAAAUCAUUCACCAAGUGUUUGUUUCCUAGGCAACCUGGAACAGGGCAAUGAGGAGUUGCGAGCGGUCAUCAAGAAGAUCUGGAAGAGGACCAGCAUGAAGCUGCUGGACCAAGUGGUGCCCCCCGCAGGCGGUCAGUAGAAUGACUCCAGCCUCAUGGCUAGCAUGGCUAAAGAAAGACUUCCUCAUGUCAGACUUCCCUGUAUACCCACACAUGCUCAUUUGUUAUGUACACUUUAAACAUACAAAUGCGCUGUGCAAAACUACAUGCAUAAGCAGUGUUAUUACUUAUGUACUGUGUGUGAUCAGGGUGGCGAUCCUGCGCUUGUCACAUUCGUUGAGUACAGGAUUGGACCAAGGUGCAGCGUGGAAUGCAUACAUGUUUAUUAUUAUUACGUAAAAAUGUAUGCACGCAUGACUGUAAGUCGCCUUGGAUAAAAGCGUCUGCUAAAUGGCAUAUUAUUAUUUAUAUUAUUAUUAGCGAAGUUAACACACGACAAAACAACAAAAGUAACGUAACGUGAAGCUCACAAUGGCUACACACAAACAAGCCAAACAAGAGUCAAGAUCCCACAACAUAGGUAGGCAAAAUGGCAACCUAAGUAUGAUCCCCAAUCAGAGACAACGAUCGACAGCUGCCUCUGAUUGGGAACCACUCCCGGCCAACAGAGAAAUAUACAAUCUAGAUCUACACAUAGAUACCUAGAUAUUCACAUGAUAAAUUCUAGCAUUCACACCCUGACCAACCUAACUAAAGAAUAACAGCCUUUCAAGGUCAGGGCGUGACAAUGCUCCAGGCUGACCUGUAACAAAGCUUUCCCUCAGCAGUGGUAUUACACAUGAUCAAUUCAUGGAACUAACAGCAUAUACUCAGCAGUCACACCUUGAAAAUAAACAAAUUCAUUGACAUUAGUGAUCCAUGGCCUUACUGAUCUAGUGAAACAGUUUGCAUAGACUCAUGAUUGACAGACAGUUGAGUCUUCACUUCCUGUUUUGUGUGUGAAUAGCUGUAAAAGUCCCAGUUGGUAGAUCACAGAUAAGAGCAAGAUCAGAUAGGUGAGCAGGGAGAAACUGCAGACCGUCACUUAAGUUCUGAGAAACUCACCUUAUCUCAAUCACUCUUUCCGUCCACAGUGUGCUCACAUGCUCAUUGCAGCCUGACUCUGGGGCUUCCUAUUGAUACUCAGGCCAGGGUCAAUCUUAUAUGGCUCCCUAUUCACUUUAUUGUGCACUAAGCAGUGUACUGUAUAGGAAGGGAAUAUGGUGCCAUAGGACGCAGACUCGCAGCACCCAUGUGUUUCUGUGAAAUGCCAUGCUGAACUGUUGUUCUGUAUACUGCUUGAUUGACCUGAGCCAUACUGUCCUAUACAGUCUGUAGUGUUGUGCUGUGUUGAACUAUGCUGAUGAUGACCAACCUGUAGUGUUCUUCGCUGUGCCAUAGUUUGCUGAAACCAUUAUUUGUGGUAUUUUAUUUUCAUUGUUAUCCUUUGCUGCACUAUGCUUUCUGCUUUAGCUCUGAUGCUUGGCUUGUUCUAGCAUUGCAUGCUCUGCUAUAGUUUACUAACUCCUCUUGAUCUCUCUCUCUCUCUUUCUGGCCAAGCGUCUCUCCUCCACAGCUUUCCCUCCUCCUCUUCCCCCUCUUCCAUAGUCUCUUCUGCUCUCUCCCUCUCUCUGCCGUCCGGAAUUUCUUGCAGCAGUUCUGUUUUUGGCCGGUGGCAUGGAACUAGAGUUGCCUCUUUCUCCUGUACCCUAGCUGUCCCCAGUCUGCUUACUAACUAGCUGAGUGACACAGAUCGUUGCUUCCCUGUUCUGUACUGCUUCCCUGGCCUGCACAUCGCUUAACAGCUUAGAUAUAAGCCAACUGACAUUUACUCCUGAGGUACUGACCUGUUGCACUCUCUACAACCCCUGGGAUUAUUAUUUGACCCUGCUGGUCAUCUAUGAACAUUUUAUCAUCUUGAAGAACAAUCUGGCCUUAAAUGUCCAUGUACUCUUAUAAUCUCCACCCGGCAAAGCCAGAAGAGGACUGGCCACCCGUCAGAGCCUGGUUCCUCUCUAGGUUUCUUCCUAGGUUCCUGCCUUUCUAGGGAGUUUUUCGUAGCCACCGUGCUUCUACAUCUGCAUUGCUUGCUGUUUGGGGUUUUAGGCUGGGUUUCUGUAUAGCACUUUGUGACAUCUGCUGAUUUGAUUGAUUGAUUGAUAUACUUCUCUCUCUGCUGUAGUCUUCUUGUUAGAUGCUUCUAACUGUAGCGGUGUCCCUGUACUGUAGCUAAGCCUUAGGUACUGUAGGUGGAUGUGUAGCUGUGUGGUAGACUCGUAUGUUUAGUAAGAUGUGGUUGUGUUGGUUUGAUAGAAAACAAACGUUGCACCGCUUCGUAUCUUGAUUUUAUGGUAUGAUGACUGUAUUGAGUUGAGGCUAGUGUCUGUUUGGCUGUUUACAAUUCUACGUUUCAGAACUGUUCAUAUUUUGAUAAUGCCAGAUACUCUAGUGCAGGGAUGGGCAACUUUGAUGGGGGUGGGGGGCUACAAAAAAUCUGAACUCACCAUGAGGGGCCGCAGAGGCUAGCGGAUCUGUGUACCCACAUCCAUACCCACACAUGCAGUCAGAUAUAUAUAUAUAUAUAUAUUAUAUAUAUGCAUUUGGAAAGUAUUCAGACCCCUUGACUUCUUCCACAUUUUGUUACGUUACAGCCUUAUUCUUUUUAUUGGCCAGUCUGAGAUAUGGCUUUUUCUUUGCAACUCUGCCUAGAAGGUCAGCAUUGUACGAGAUCUUCAGUUUCUUGGCAAUUUCUCGCAUGGAAUAGCCUUCAUUUCUCAGAACAAGAAUAGACUGAUGAGUUUCAGAAGAAAGUUAUUUGUUUCUGGCCAUUUUGAGCCUGUAAUCGAACCCACAAUUGCUGAUGCUCCAGAUACUCAACUAGUCUCAAGAAGGCCAGUUUUAUUGCUUCUUUAAUCAGCACAACAGUUUUCAGCUGUGCUAACAAUUGCAAAAGGGUUUUCUAAUGAUCAAUUAGCCUUUUAAAAUGAUAAACUUGGAUUAGCAAACACAACGUGCCAUUGGAACACAGGACUGAUGGUUGCUGAUAAUGGGCCUCUGUACGCCUAUGUAGAUAUUCCAUUAAAAAUCAGCCGUUUCCAGCUACAAUAGCCAUUUACAACAUUAACAAUGUCUACACUGUAUUUCUGAUCAAUUUAAUGUUAAUUUAAUGGACAAAAAAAAUGCUUUUCUUUCGAAAACAAUGACAUUUCUAAGUGACCCCAAACCUUUGAACGGUAGUGUAUACAGUGCCUUGCAAAAGUAUUCAUCCCCCUUGGCGUUUUUCCUAUUUUGUUGCAUUACAACCUGUAAUUUCAAUGGAUUUUUAUUUGGAUUUCAUGUAAUGGACAUACAGAAAAUAGUGGGGUGAAUAGUUAUGCACGCUCAAGUUUUCAGUUUUUCUGUCUUAUUUCUUGUUUGUUUCACAAUAAAUAAUAUUUUGUAUCUUCAAAGUGGUAGGCAUGUUGUGUAAAUCAAAUGAUACAACCCCCCAAAAAAUCAAUUUUAAUUCCAGGUUGUAAGGCAACAAAAUUGGAAAAAUGCCAAGGGGGGUGAAUACUUUCGCAAGCCACUGUAUAUAUAAAAACAAUUUGGGGGAGGGAUCCGCGAGCCUACAAAAGAGGAGGGGGGGGGGGGGGGGUAUAUCAGUUAUUCAAAACAGACUCAUGAUAAAGACAGCAUACAUGUAUAUGAUUUUCAGCCGAUUGUUGAAGUGCUCUGAAGAGUUAGUAUAGGAGAGGUAGCGUACAGUUGUGUGUCUUCGGGCCAAGUGUUAUUUCCCAGGAUGCUGUGCGGCGUGGUGCGGUGCUGACAGUGGAGGCGUUUGUGUGGUCUGUUCACUCAGAUGACGAGGUAACCGUGGGGAAGUUCUAUGCCACCUUCCUGAUACAGGACUACUUCAGGAAAUUCAAGAAACGCAAAGAGCAAGGCCUGGUGGGAAGACACUCAUUCUCCAGCCUGAACUCCACCAUCGCCCUCCAGGUGAGUCUCAACUGCUGUACUGUUCUGUACUGGACUGUACCAUUCUACCUUCUCUAGAGUUGUCAAUACUAACCAAACUCCCACUAUUAUGGCCAAUCUGUGUACACCGUAUGUAACACAACAAGUCUAUUUUAACUGCAGAUACUGUACAAUUUAAAAGAUAAUAACUUUGAAACUAACUGAUGAUAGGACUUACAAACCAAAAUAUGUUGCUAUUUUAGUAAGAUAAUAAUACAUUAAUAAGUGUAAACACUAUGUAACUGCUAGUUAGCGAUUGGUUGAAUCACACUAGUAGUGCUUUGUCCAAUCACCACUGGACAUAUGACAUCUGCAAAGCAGCAGGCCACUGCACCAGAACACAAUGCUGCUUCCCUGGCCUGCACGUUGCUAUAUCACCUCUGGCCAUGCUUACAGCUGCAGACUAUCCCCUUUCUUAUCUGCUUCUAGAGAAAAUUAGAGAUACAGAGAAUGUUGUUCCUCAGAAAUGAGUUUGUUUCGUAUCAACUCUGGAUUAGCAGUGCUGUGCACACUCACCCUGAAUAACAAAGCACCUCCUCAGUCUGAUUUGUCUGAGUGUCUGUGUGUACUAUACUGUCUGUCUGACCUUAUGCUUCAGUUCAUGUGUGUGUCUUUGUGUGUGUGCGUGUGUUCCUGCCGGCUCUCAGCUUCUCUCUUGUCGUCGUUGCAGGCCGGACUCCGCACACUGCAUGAUAUUGGGCCCGAAAUCCGCCGAGUCAUAUCAUGUGACCUGCAAGAUGAGGGCCUUGUAGACAUUAAUGCAGAAGAAGACCACAAUAUUUAUAGGGUAAUUCACUGUCCCAGUUCAUUCAAUAGAUGCGCUUGAUUUAACUCACCUUUAACUCACCCGACACAUUCGGAGAGUAGAGUUCGCUUUUUACAGCCAAUGGAAUGGUCUCAAACUCAGUUCACGUGGUUGCUGGCUGAGCUAAAUCAAGUGCCCCAAAUAAAACAGUUACUUUGUUGGUCCACUGUUUGGCCGUGGGAAGAGCUUGCUUGCCUAUUGACUCACUGACAACAGGUAUUUCACUCUGAGAUGUUGACAGUAAAUGUAAUAUUAUUAGUUUUUCAAUGGGGAUUUCUCUGUAAUUUCAGUGUAUGAUUUGCAGAGAGGAAUCAAGUCUUGUUGAGACCAGUUUAAAGAUGAUAACACUCAUAUUUUCUGAUAACCCAGAACACACAGAAGAUGAUACUUAUUCAACCCAGUGGUUUUAAAGUCACUCCUCUUACAUAAAAUGUUUUCCACACAAACCUUCACUAAAUGGACUGUUAAUUUAAUACCUUCAUUAUCUGUUGAACAUAAUUUAAUGAAGAUUGUAAUUAAAACCUCAGUGACUUACCAGGACAGACCCAAAGCCAGUGGUUAAGUUUAGUCACUUUGUUUUUAUGGUCGCUUGUACUGACCCGAGUGCUGUCUCUACAGAGGAACGGUGUGCUGUUCACCAACCACACCAAUCACGUUAAUGGGGACCACCGGGGUUCCGUUACCCAGCGGCCCCUCCAGGUCCUGCCUCCUUCCUGCUACGCCUCCGUGGAGCCCUCCCAGGUCGGCUCUGAGGAAGGGGCAGGCGACCCCUACAACCACUACUACCCCAAAUCCCCCAUGUCCUCCAACGCCAACCUCAACAAUGCUAACGUGCCCACUGUGCCCUCCCUGUCCAAAGGGGGGCAGCGCCGCUGCCUCCGCCGCAAGCACUCGUCCGCUAAUGGGGCACCCUCCUCCAGCUCGCACCGCAAGAGUGUUGACUUCGACACCCUCACCACGGUCCAGUCUGCAAGGUAACUUAGGAUGCUUCUUUCUUGGCUAGGUCUCCCUCGUAAAAAGGGACUUUCUGGUUAAAGGUUACAUAAUAUUAUGGUUCUCUCCAUUUUUUAUGCAGUAGUCAAUGAAUGUAUGCACUGUAAAAAACAAAAUUUGAUUCAACGUACAAUUGUAAGGCAACAAGGAGCAAUAAGAUAGUGAGUUUGCUCAACAACAUUUUCACACAUAUUUUCUGUUGUUUUCUCAACCAAAUUUUUGUUGAGCAAACUGGCAGUCCUAUUGCAGCUGGUUGCCUUACAAUUGUAAGUUGAAUCAACAUAUUUUUUUAUACAGUGUGGUAAUGAACUAGGGGAUUAUUGUAGAUUUUAAUUAAUGUGUGAUGAGAACAAUGGUUACCUGCUUGCGUAAUGUCUAGGAGCUGUGGAGCUCUAUGAGAUGAACCCUAUGACAACAGAUGUGGAUCUGAAUAGGGCGUUUGGGUUUUGAAGUUGUUGCCCCCAUCACAUCCUUACCACAGCUAUGUCCUUCACAUAUCCUGGCCUUUCAUAGAAUGGAUAUUUUCAGCACCAUUCAUUCUUGCACCACUAAGAGCUCUUUAUGUUGAAAUCCUGGAAUUGUGUGUAUCUAUCAGCAACACACACACACUCCAGACCCAUUCAUUUUAUGACCAGGAUUAUUAUUUCUGUUUGUCUCACAUAACAGAUGUCUUGUCUUUGUCAUUGCAUGCCCUUCCCCUCCCCUGUCCCAAAUACAAAUUCCCUUCACCACCACGUACUUGCUUGGACAGGAGGCUCUACUAUGAGACCUACAUUAGGUAUGUGUGUGAAACUACUGUAUCACCCUUUAAUGACUCGCAUUGGUUUAUAUGAUCUGCUUUACUGAUAUACUAUUGUUUACAGUUGUAAACCAUUUGAUGAAUUAAUAUGCAUCUUCUUUCAAAUGCAUGGCUUUUGUCUAUGAUCUGUAUGUACAGUAUUUGCUGUACAGUUACAUCACGUGUUCAAGCCAUUUCCUCAAUCACCCCUUAAAAAUGCUUCUGGCUGAACUUUGACCUUUUGACCUCAGGUCAGAAUCAGGGGGUGUUCUGUACCCCACCAUCUGUAGAGAGGAGCCAGGGGGGGCAGACAGUGAUGAUGACAAGGGCUCAGGAGAAUACUUCAGCGGGGAGGAGUACCAGGAGGAUGACAUCAUGUUGCACAAAGACAGGUAUCACCUGGAAAGCACUUCUCCUCUCCUCUACUGUAUUCUACUGUACUCUCCUCUAUUCUCCUGUCCUCUACUAUACUCUCCUGUCCUCUAUUCUCCUCUACUAUACUCUACUCUCCUGUCCUUUAUUCUCCUCUACUAUACUCUCCUCUAUUCUCCUCUCCUCUACUGUGUUCUCCUCUACUGAACUCUACUCUAUCAGUACCUGUCCAGAUGUGGCUGCUGUUGACAAGGUGGUUGUUUACUGAUGUUGUUGUCUGGUUGUUGUUCAGGAUGCCCCAUAACGAGUUUCAAGACCCUCAAACUGACUUUGACACAAAUGCAUCGAGGGGUUACCAUCAACCAGAUAGUCUCUAUGACGACGACCAGCAACCCAUUUACCAGGAUGGUGGGCGGUCGCCGAAGCGACGGUUGUUCCCCUCUACACCCCAGGGUGAGGUCCCUUGGUUACCGUAGUGAUUAAAUCAGGGGUGUCACUGACUGGCUGAUAAAGAUGAUGAUGGAACACUCAAAGGGCUUUACAUUGUAAUGAGAUCCAUAGAUGUAAAUGAUAGUUGUCUCUCCUUUGUUUAAACCUCCAGCACCCCACAGACCCUCGUUCAACUUUGAGUGUCUGCGGAGACAAAGCAGUCAGGAUGAUGACAUCCCCUUGACCCCUUCCAUUCCCCAUCGAACAGCUCUACCCCUGCAUCUGAUGCAGCAACAGGUGGGGACCACUGAACCAAACUGAUGGCUACCCAUAUGCACUGAAAGACUUACUCUCACACAAUUAGCUUACAAAAGAUUGACACAACUCACUGCACAUACACACAAACGAUGUGUGAGUCUUAAUUUAGGCAAUGAAUUAAAGGUAUGUGUAUGUGGUUUGACCUCCUUGACCCCUCUUCUUCUGUUGCCUAGGUGAUGGCAGUGGCAGGCCUGGACUCCAGCAGAGUCCAGCGUCUCUCUCCGUCACGCUCUCUACGUUCCUGGGCCACACCCCCCACCUCCCCCAUCAGCAGGGACCACUCCCCCUACUACACACCCCUCAUCCAGGUAUGUGUGUGUGUACAUUUAGGAAUGUAAAUGUGUGGAUACAUUUUUGUGUGUGUAGUCCCACGUAGUCCCGUGUAGCUCAGUUGGUAGAGCAUGGCGUUUGCAACGCCAGGGUUGUGGGUUCGUUUCCCACGGGGGACCAGUAUGAAAAUAAUAAUUGUGUGCACUCACUAACUGUAAGUCGCUCUGGAUAAGAGCGUCUGCUAAAUGAAUAAAAUGUAAAAUGUAAAUGUAAAAUGUGUGUAUUUGUGUGUAUCCAGGUGGACUGGCGUGGUCUGGGCAGUGUGAGCAGCACCCCUGGCUCUGUGAGAAGAAGCUCCUGGUACACUGAUGCUCCUGAAGCCCCUUUGAGCCGCACCUACUCCCCCUCACAGCUCCAGAUCCCCCCAGAGUACCGCAGGCAGAACCACCAGAAGAUAGGCAGCGCCAACAGCCUAGUGGAGGCCGUGAGUAGCCCUGACACACACACACACACACACACUUAGAUUGAUUUAAUGAUUUCCCCCCCUUUCCUGUUUCAGGUGUUGAUUUCAGAAGGACUGGGGAAAUACGCCAAGGACCCCAAAUUUGUGGCUGUGACGAAGCAUGAGAUCGCGGACGCCUGCGAGAUGACCAUCGACGAGAUGGAGAGUGCCGCCAGUAACCUGCUGAAUGGCAGUAUGGGUAAUGGGGCGGGAGCAACCGGGGCCACGGACACAGUGACGGCCACGAGCCUCGGGGACCGUAAUCUCCAUGACUACAGUGAUGAGGAGCCGGACACGAGUGUGAAAUGUGAAGAGGAUCUGACUGAUGAGAUGAUGUGCAUCAGCACCCUAUAGCAGUCACUCACACUAGACACAGGCUGCGUCUGACAUGGCACCCUAUACCUGAUGAAAUGCACUUGUGCACUAUAUAGGGAGAGAUGUGCCUUUUUGGAUGCAGCCACGGCAAUCCAACAAACAAACAAGCAAGAGAACAAAGUGCCUUUCUGUGGAAUGAAUGGAUGGAAACACUGCCAGCUGGAGAGGAGUGGAGUGAUGGAGGGACACGCUAAGGAUCCAACUACAGAGGAGUGGAGUGAUGGAGGGACACGCUAAGGAUCCAACUACAGAGGAGUGGAGUGAUGGAGGGACACGCUAAGGAUCCAGCUACAGAGGAGUGGAGGGAUGGAGGGACACGCUAAGGAUCCAGCUACAGAGGAGUGGAGGGAUGGAGGGACACGCUAAGGAUCCAGCAACAGAGGGAUGGAGGGACACGCUAAGGAUCCAACUACAGAUGAAUGGAAGAAUGGAGGGACAUGCUAAGUAUCCAACUACAGAGGAGUGGAGUGAUGGAGAGACACACUAAGGAUCCAACUACAGAGGAGUGGAGGGAUGGAGGGACACGCUAAGGAUCCAACUACAGAGGAAUGGAAGAAUGGAGGGACAUGCUAAGUAUCCAACUACAGAGGAGUGGAGUGAUGGAGAGACACACUAAGGAUCCAACUACAGAGGAGUGGAGGGACACGCUAAGGAUCCAACUACAGAGGAGUGGAAGGAUGGAGGAACACGCUAAGGAUCCAACUACAGAGGAGUGGAGGGAUGGAGGGACACGCUAAGGAUCCAACUACAGAGGAGUGGAGGGAUACGCUAAGGAUCCAACUACAGAGGAGUGGAGGGAUACGCUAAGGAUCCAACAACAGAGGAGGGGAGGGAUGGAGGGACACGCUAAGGAUCCAACUACAGAGGAGUUCCACCCCUUCCUUUCUCUCUGUCUGGCAACACCCAGUGAAACAGAGAGUGAGAUAUAA